AUGUCCAGCUCUGGUUGCUGCGCCCAGAGAGCUGGAAAAGGUUCUAAACAGGGUAAGCAAAAUACUCAAGGGGUUGGAGGAAGGGUUGAGGCAUUGGGGGCUUUUUAGUUGGGGUGUGUGUGUGCGUGUUACAGGUGUAGACAAGUUAUGCAAGGCGUAAAAGAUGAGAGCACAGCAGAGGUUAUAUUUUCUGAGAAUCCUCCAGAAAAACAAUCUCUCAAAGGACCUGUUGACGGCAUUUUACCAUUGUACCGUGCAGAGUGUAUUAACUUAUGGUGUGUGUGUGUGGUUUGGGAGCUGCACGGUCAGGGAAAAAACAAUGCUGUCCAGGGUUGUAAAGACUGCCGAGAGAAUAAUUGGGUGCACUCUUCCCACCUUGGAUCAAAUCUAUGCUUCCAGGUGCCAUAAGAAAGCUGCAGAGAUAGCGCAGGAUAGUGCGCACCCCGGAAAUGAUCUCUUUCAGCUUCUGCCUUCUGGAAGAAGGUACAGGGUUAUUAAGACUAGGACUAACAGCUUCUAUCCAAAUGCGAUUUUGGUUUUAAACACAGUGUAAGGUAGUCUUGGGACACGGGUGGUGCUGUGGGUUAAACCACAGAGCCUAGGACUUGCCGAUCAGAAGGUUGGCGGUUCGAAUCCCCAUGAUGGGGUGAGCUCCCGUUGCUCGGUCCCUCUCCUGCCAACCUAGCAGUUCAAAAGCAUAUCAAAGUGCAAAUAGAUAAAUAGGUACCACUCCGGCGGAAAGGUAAACGGUGUUUCCGUGCACUGCUCUGGUUCGCCAGAAGCGGCUUAGUCAUGCUGGCCACAUGACCCAGAAGCUGUAUGCCGGCUCCCUCGGCCAGUAAAGCGAGAUGAGCGCUGCAACCCCAGAGUCGGCCAUGACUGGACCUAAUGGUCAGGGGUCCCUUUACCUAAGGUAGUCUUUAUGUGAAUAUAUUGUAUUCAAUUAUGGGGUAUCAGAGUUUUUAGGGGCUGACCAGGCUGGGAUAGCAGGCUUGUGGGUUUUUGAAUGUCUGAUGUAGAUUUUUUUUCAAUUUCGUUGUUCUGUAUGGGACAAUGACAAUAAAGAUUACCGUAUGGUAACUCUCUCACCCAACUGCUAUGACCGAUAACCAAGUGGAAGAAGAAAGCUCAUUUUCUUCGUCAGGGUCAUGGCGCCUCCUAGUGGAGCCAGCAGGCCUGUGCCGGUUUUUAUUCCCUUUCCUCGAAGGCCCUCGAGCCUCCAUCUCCUCAGCGCGUCGAACUCGCAAGAAAGUCCAAUGUCUUCCCAGGGAAUUUGGCGGCGGCUCCCCUGCGCCAUAUGCCAAGGCAGCUGGACCCCCUUCCCGGAGCGGGCUCGAGCUGGCGACCGCGCGAAACCGGCGCGGGAGUAACGAGGAGAGCCGCUUGGCGCCCCUGAAACGAGAAGCGCUGAGGGGAAAACCGACGUCCCUCUUCGGAGGCGAAGCCGCCUCCCCGCCCGCUUUGCCGACUCCACCCCCAGCGGCCGGUUUCCACGGGGACAAGAGCCCCGCGCCGGAGGCAGAAGGAGGCGGCUGAGGCGCCACCCGCAGCCUCCCUGCCUGCCUGCCUGGCUGCUCCUGCGGGUCGCGGGCUGGAGAGGCGCCGCGCGGGACGGGGCUCCCUCGCGAACCGGGGCGCCCUUCUCCCCGCGCCGACGAGGAGCAUCCCGCUCUUCCCCGGCCUCUGCCGCUUGGUGAGGAGGUGCGUUUCCACUCGUAGCCCCCCGUCGGGGACGCGGCUGGCUCGAGGUUUUCUCCUCAGAGGAGAAGCCCUGGCACCGUCCCGCUUCGUCCCGCCUUCGGGCCCUUAGUUCGCCCCCCUCUCGGGCACUUGCUGAGGCGAGCGGGCCUUUCCUUCCGCUGCCCUCUACCCUUUCGUGUAAAGAGAGAAAUAAACCUCACAUAAGCCCCGUGCUUUUUCUGGGCGUGAAUCUCUCACGCCUCACCAGAAAUUCGCGGGUUUUCUGAAGGGGCGAACUUGGCGAGGGACGCGCGCGCGCGCGGGGCCAGAUCGGAUCUUCUGGGCCUGCCGAGUUGGAGGGAAGGAGAGCGCUUUGAGACCUAGAAACACUGCCUUUCAACAACAAACAGAGUUCCAGAAAGCCCAUUACGGCUUCUGGGCAGUAUCCAGCCCCUGAGUGCAGUGCCGGAUUUAUGUAUAAAAUUUAACGGGGGGGGGGGGGGGACGGACUGGAUGUAUGUUUCCAAAAUAUAAGAUAAAAAACAACUACUUUAUUUUUAUUUCAGUUCAACGAUUACUUUGAUAAAAUACAUAUUUUGUUAUGUGCAAAUGGCUUUAGGUCCAUAAAUUACCAUAUGCAGUGGUGUCCAAACUUUUUUCAAAGAGGGCCAGAUUUGAUGAAGUGAAGGGCCAUGAAGUUGUUGCCCUUUUUUAUGAUUUCACCCCAAAGUUGUUGAGCUUUUCUUAGGAUUGAAGUUGUUGAGGGUUUUUUUUAGGAUUUUACCCCAGGAAAUAAACUGCCACAGGGGCUGGAUUAAAACGACCAGCGGGCCGGAUUAGGCCCCCAAAACGAAUUUAGGACAUGCCUGCCAUAUAACAUAUAUUCAACACAAAAAGCAGCGACAAUUUGUUGUUGACGAAGGACAGCUGGACAUAUAAAGGGCCCCAUUACCUUCAGGAGCUGAGGGCCUCAUCAAACCAAAAUCCGGCCCUGCCUGAGUGCAUUCGCUGAACUUUGAUAUAUCUGUGCAGCACAGUGCACUUUUUCUAGAAAAAGAGGUGCUGGAUUUGGCCACAAAUUUCUCCCUUGUUCUCUUUGAAUGGUGGAGCUGAGCUCCAGUGAGCUCCGGCUCUAAAAAAAAGCCCUGUUUAUAUCUUAUGGAGUUGCAGCAUAUUGUAUUUAUAUAUAACCUCACACAGCAGCAUGUUGGCAUAUGGAAAGGGUUUACACAGCACACAAUGGCCUCAUUGCCAGGGAAUUUUGAUGCUGUGAGACAUGUUUUCCCCUCUGUCUUAAGAUCCAAGUAACAGUGGACUCAUUGCCUUCGGUUGUUAAUUAGCGUAAGGCAAUCACGACAACAUGAGUUCAUCUAACCCUCUUUUUGAAAAGUCACUGGUGCCUUCUGGGAAAUGAAAAAACAAGCUGUAUGCAUUAUUAUUUUUUUGCCUGUCUUCUCCAAAUCACCCCUUGAUGCCUUUGUUUCCUCAUCUUUGUCUCUUCCUCCUAGACUUAACAUUUAUUUCCCAUAUGGGCUGCCCUUCUCAAUAUUGAAGCAAUAUUGAAAGUGAACUGAAUUAAUAUCCUGUCUACAAUAUUAUAUUAAAACAAGAGUACAAUCAAGUUACACCUUUAGGUGGCAGUUUGAGACUAUAUUUUAUUUUGAAAAUGAAUACACAGUUUUGUUCAUCUGUAAUUACUACGGUAUAUUUGACAUGAGAGACAUGUGUCCAGUUUUGAUUUGUUACAGCCCACCUUUUCUUUAUUCAAGAAAAGGAGACCUGUGCUUUAGGUCAAAGCAACCAGCCUUACUUAGUCAGUUAAACUGGGAGAUAAUGACCUGCCCAAGAUGACCCAGUUGGCUUUGUGGCCAAGUGCAUAACUGAACUUAGCUUCCACAUAGCUCAAAUUGCCACUGCACCAUACUGAUGUCUUUCUCUUCUUGAUUAUGUGGUUGAAGUAGCUUAGUUUUCUUUUAAAAUAAUGUCUGGCCCUCAGUCCUGAAAAAGGUGUGUUCAGAUAUGAAGCUUUCAUGUUGCAGCCAGCCUAUACCGUGUUUUUAUCAUUACCUUUCUAGUAGUGAGCUCAGGUGCUGAUUGCUGACAAGAUUGUAACAGAAUUGGGACUACUAGGAAUCAAGAGGGAGGCACAGAGUUGUUUGGGAAUUCCUGAUUCUUGGAAAAGGACAGAAAUAUUUUUGGGGAAACCCCUGAAGCCCCCCCAAAAGCCUCCCUUAGACAAAAACCAAACCCACCACUGAGAACUGGUCAUGCUCACUCGCCCCAGAAUAUGACUGUCAGCUAGAAAAGAAAAUGUGGGGAGGGGAGAGACAAUAGUGGAAUGUCCUAGUUCCUCUUAGUUUAUACUAUUCAAUAGGUGACUCAGUGAAACAUUUUGUUUCAUGCCUACUUGCUCCUUCUAAUAACAAUCUUUGGUGGCUGAGUGCCUAUACAUUUAGCAGUGAAACUCAGUAGCAGAGAAUUCUGCAUAUCUAAGGAGUCUCCCAACAAAUACACACACACACACACACACACACACACAGCCACACACAGCGCAGUCCAAUAAAGACCCAUGGGGUUCCAGCAAUAUAGAUAGCAGUUGAGGCUAUAGAGGUAAGAAUUAGAACUAGAUCUGCUUAGCUUCAGCAAAACCGCAACAUUUGUACAAAUAAUUUAUUAGGCCCUUUCCCACCAUAUUGUUUGUUUUUUCAUGCAUGGUAUUGAUAAGCCAUCUUAUAACUAUGUUUUUAAGACAUCUCACUACAAGAUAUUAAAACCAUUUGAAAUGCAUAAACAACGAAUUUUUGUUCUUCUAUUAACCUGAUUUUGCUUGACACUUCAGUGGGCUGGUUUUUGCUACAAUCUUGUUGGUGAUCCCUACCUGUUAGACAAAUGCAAAGGUUAAGAAGGUGGCCCUGAAUGUAAAAUUUAUGACAGAAUAGACAUUUUACUCAUGUGGACUAUCCUGUUUGCACUGCCAAUAAAUAAUUAGAAUAGCUUUCAUGUAUAACUGUGUUUGUUUCAACAGAUUGAGCAUCUGUCUCCUAAGGUAGAAUCACUCUGCUGGAAGUGAAAUUGAUACGGCAUGUACACAGAAUCUGACAUUCUCACGACUUAAGCGGCUAACUUUCUAUGGAAGGACAAUGUCUGGCCCUGUUGGUGAUGCUAAUAGCCCAAAUUCAGUCAAGGCCAAAGGUAUCCCAUUACAUUCUGUAGCUGGUGCUAGCAUGGGCUUUCAGCAGCCCAACAAGUCGCUAAGCAGAGGAAAUCAUUCAAUUCAGAGACUCUCUAGCGUGAGCUAUCCAAGAACGGAACAAGAAACAAGUAACACAAAUGAACCACCACACAGAAAAUGUUUAAGCAGUACCUACAUAUCAAAAUUGGAUAAUCAACUACUUGAGGAUGCAAGCAUUCCUGAGACACAGAAACUGAGAAUGGUUGCAAGCUGGGCAGAAUUGUUUCAUGAUACAUCUGUUGUUUGGGACAACCUGCAGGAAGCUGGAAAUUCUACCUUGGAUUAUGAUACAGUGGUUCAAAACAGCAGUGGUGAAGAUGCCAUAAAUAAAAAUGCUGACAAUUUGGAAAUGAAGUUAUUACAUGCACAUGUUUUAAAUCCUUUCAUAGCCUCUGAAAAUAGCUCGGCGCGUGCUGAAAGAUGUACUCCUCCUGUUUUUUUAUGUUGUAAUACAUCACCUCAUCCUUGCAAGAGUUCUGCUCAAGCAACUAAGCCUGAGAAAGAAGGAAGGGAUAUUAUGCUUUCCACCAACAUUUCAGAAGAAUGUGAAGCUGAGGAUGACAUGCAUAGUAGCGCAAGAGAAGCCAGUUCUUUAAAUGCUCAUAAUGUGUGCAAGCUAGAUGAUUCAUGUACAAUUACAGUGGACCAGCACAAAAAUGAAACUUUUUUUUGGCCUCCUCUCAGUGAUAGUUCAGAUGAGGAAUUUGCAGAUGUGAAGAUUGAUUGUCUAAAACUACCAGAGAGCAAGGAACACACAAGCCCUCUUAACAGUGAUGUUGAGGCAGAAAAUAUUAAACUCAUCAAUUUAUCUGUGCUGGAAGGCAGACACUCCUUCACAAAAAGUUCUGACAUCUGUGAAAAAUGGAAUCCAGGAACAGAAAAGCUCUUGGAGAUCAAAGAAUACAAAUGCAAAGAUUUCAUGUGGACUCUCAAACCUAAAGCUUCCAGUGGGACCAAUGAUGUUGGAGAGACUACAGACAGAAACAUCCCUUUUCAUCUCAAAGUAAAAAAAGAUGCAUUAAGGGAUGGGAGUUCAGACUUUCAGCCUCUAAAGAAAGGCAUUGAUCAGAUAAAUGCAUUUAAAUCUGAGCAUAUGCUAGGGAUGGUUAAAACUCUAGAAAGGAAGAAUAUCACAGAAGAACAAGCAAAUAGUACAUCUAAUGGAAACCACUGUAACAGAGAAGAAAGGGAAACAGAAUUUAAAUUCCUGAUGAAAGAUCCAGCCAUGCAAAUUAAGAGUUUCUGUGGGAACACAUUACUGAACCCUUCAGAAAACAGUACUUCAGUCUGUUUGAAUCACAGUUAUAAAAGCACUUGCUUGGGCAGUAGUAGUGACUGCGUUUUGUUAGACAUGCUUCUCCAGUUUACUGAUAGUGUAGAACCUAAGUCCAAUACAGUUCCAAUAUAUGUGCACGGUGAUAUACAUGAAAAUGUUUCUGAGAGUGUUGCAAAAUCAGUAGUAGGUUCUAAAAAGAAUACAGAAGAAUUUCUUGUCCCCAGAAUAAAAGCUGAUGGUGAUGAGAAGCUAUUUUGGAAUGACAAAUCCCAGUUUGAUUUCAACCACAGUGAUAGUGUUUUGGCAAAAUAUUACUUCUAUUUGAGUUAUCUCAGUAAGUCCAAAAGGCUUCAGCAAGAGGUUGAUGGCAAUCUUCUCUCUUGUCAACAACAUUUUGGAAUUUCUAAAGAAGAAAAAAUAUCCGCACUCGACUACCAUAAGGGUGGUAAUAUGUAUGAGCAUAAGGCUACUGAAUAUACGAACAAUGACGUAAGCUACUGUGAGGAUAAAAGUUCUGAGGUUAUAAAACAGCAAAGCCUUCCUGAAAAACAGGAAUCAAAGUCUUCUUUUUCAUGUAACAGUCCUGAACAUUUAUCUAAUCUAUUAUUGACGAAAAAGAAACAAUUGGAGAAUGGACACAUUUUGAAAGGUAAAAAUAGACGGAUGUUGUCUAGCAGGAUUGUGAUGUAUAUAUAUGAUUUCCCCCCCUUUUGCAUAAAAUAAUGUGUCAAAAUAGCUACAUUGUUGUGAACAUGGAAUAUAAGUAGGUAUCUGCCAAAUUUCAUGGAAAUGGCUUUAUUUCUAUACAGGCUGUGGGGUCUCAGUUUUCUGUGUUAUGAACAUAGCCUUCAACCCGUUAGUAAACCCAUAAACACACAAAAUAUGAUUUAUUGUUUUAAAACUCAUAGCUUACGCCAAUGCGAAGACUUGUAUUAAACAACCUAGGCUGCACUUACUUAACUGAGUGCACGCACCACUGAAGACAGUGACACUUCUGAGAAGAUGUAUAUAGGAUUGCACUUUCCAUAUGUUGCACAUCAAACUUUUAAGUGCCUUCAGUUAAGCUUCUGUAGCACCCACAGGCUACUAUGUGCAAAAUGAGUUUGAAAAUUGCUCUAAUGAUGACAUGCCUCCUUUCUCAGGGACUUUGUAUGGGGGAAGAGAUGCCUGCCUGUUAAUGUACUCACCAGCCCCCAGUCUUUCGAGCCACUAGGAGUGGCUUGGACCUUCACAAAAAGAUGGAGAACAUUAAAAAAGGCAGCCCUUUGACCACCUCAUAAUAAUGGAAGAAUAUUUAAAAAUCAACAUUUUUAUGUGGAUUUUCAGAAACAACCAAUAAUAUGGGACAGAACAUACCUGGAACUGGCCACAUGCAGAAUGGAGACACACUGUAAAUAGACUGAUCCAUCCAUUCCUAGCAAAAGGCUAGGAAAUGCCGGGAAUUAUGAAUGAAUAUAUUUCCCAAUAUAUUAUUUAUUUGUUAUGAUUCUACUUAAUAACAUUAGAAGAAUUCUGAGUGACCUGGUCCCAUGCUACUCUAGUAAUGUUUAUAUCGUCGAACCAAUAUUGGGUGGGGUGAACCAGAUGGCACUGCCAGCUCUGGGUUCAUUUGAAGUUGUGUCACAUCAUGGAUAUGGCUCCUAUGCUUCUGCAAUAAUGCAUGGGCAGAAAAAAAGGCAAAGAACAAGCAGGAGUACAUGGCCAAAACAACAUGGCCAUUGCUCAACAUAAAGCUUAGGAAGGCUGGUUUCAAGCCAGAUGGGUUAUUGCUUGGUCUAAUUGCUUUGACACCACUCUUGAUAACAGAGUAGGGGUGGAAGUCCUCUUCUGGUCACUCAUGUAAGGAGAAGCUGAGCAUGUGACACUACUCUACAUUUUCUGGACCAAAACAAGUGUGAUGUGGGAACUCUAUGGUCUGUUCUCCCAUAAUCAAAAAGCGACUGGAUCAGAGCUCUAAUUUCGAUUGGAACAGAAGGUGAGCUCUAAGGGAGUACAGUUUACCCUUUCCCUUUCUGUGGUGAUUUUGUGACUGAAUCUCCCUUCAACUCCCUUUAUCAUGCCUGUUUUCAGCUCCCAAGCAGAGCUAAUAGCAGUUUGGAGAGGGGGGAAUUGAUUGUGGAAGUAGGGGAGAAGAGUUAAACAUUAUCUCCCUAGCACCACCUCUGCUGUCAAAAUCAGAGCAUCCACAGCUGUUUUUGAGCUUUACUUUCUAAUUUGUUUUAUGAAAAUAUUGGGAGAACUGACUGUGGAUCUCACAGACCAUAUCUGUUCUGGCCUUUUUAAGUUGCCUUUUGUACCAUCCAUGCCUUACGCUUGGCAGUGAAUUAAAAGAGAAGAUGGUCUGAAUGUAUGUUUGGGAAUGAAUUCAUAUGUAAAUAUUGGCGCUGUGGUCUAAACCACUGCGUCUCUUGGGCUUGCCAAUCAGAAAGUUGGCAGUUUGAGUCCAUGCAAUGGGGUGAGGUCCUGUUGCUCUGUCCCAGAUAAAUAUGGUAGGUACUGCUGCAGUGGGAAGGUAAACGGCGGUUCUUUUUCACCAGAAGUGGUUUAGUCAUGCUGGUCAUGACUCUGAAAGCUGUCUGGACAAACACCAGCUCCCUCGGCCUGAAGCAAGAUGGGCGCCGCACCCCAUGGUCAUCUUUGACUGGGCAUAACCAUCCAGGGGUCCUUUACCUUUACCUCAUAUGGAAAUACGCAUCCAUGUUUGUAGAUGAUUAUGUCAUAACCCUUGAGUCUGCUUUUAUUGUUAUGACUAUGGAACUGCCUGUGACUGCAUCGUCUUUUGUAGGCAAGAAGCUUUUGGGGGCCAUGAAAAUCAGCACAGAUGUGGUUGGUCUUAAGAGGUGUUCCGAGAGAUCCACCACUGUAUGUGCAUCUUUCACACAGAGAGAGCUGAAGCCAAGGUUUGCCCUUUUAUGUUUUAAUAUUUACCACCCAGUGAUCUGUUAUUGAAUGUAUUUUGUUGGCUUUUGAAAGAAGGAUGGGUUUACCCUCAUUCCCUGCAGAUAGCCUAAGUGAAAUGUCUGUGUUAAUUUCCCAUGAUGUCAAGAUUAAAGUUUUACAAAAAAACUAAUAGACCAUCCCUUUAAAAACAAUGGUUUAUGUCUUAAAGAGAACUUUGAUUUAUUGUGGUUUUCCCUGCAGGCCUCUUCUCAUUUAAUUUAAAAGGCUAGUUGGGAAAGUGUUUCAUUAGAGCUGAUACAAGAAACCCUAACAAUAGUUGUAAUCACUUUCUACACCUAUGUGUACAUUUUUUCAGCAUCAUAAUUAUGUGUUAUCAAAAUGUAUGGGUUUCAUCAGUGAUGAAUAUAUUCAUCAUGUUUUGUGCUUACAUAGGCAGAAAUUAGCUGAUCAUUUUUUUUCUUCUGGAAGAUCUUUUGUGUGAAUUAAUUUAAGCAAUUAAAAUACAUUAUUUGCCUUUUAACUGAUUAAUUAUAAUUUAAAUAAGUUUGUGUUUUACCAAAACAGCAAUAUUGGGUGUCUUUUGCAAUCAUUAAGGAUGUGUAAAGUAUCUACUUACAAUCUACAGUAAUCCCUGUUACUAUGCAAAGCUAUGUUUAAUAUUUUGUUCUUUUCUUAUAAAAUUUAAUAACCCCUCAAAGAUAAACAUGUAUGUUCUUAAUCUGUAGUUUGCCCAACUGAAAGUCUUUCUCCACAAAAAUAUUGUGAGAAAGGUCGCUAUUAUUCUUUCCUUUUAGAUAGUUUAGAGGGGACAGUGGGUUAGUUUAGGUAUGAUAAUUUUGAGCUGAUUAAACCUUGAUUUAUUGGCCAUGUGCUUGUGUGUUCCAUCCUUUCCUGCAUAUUUAUUUAUUUAUUUAUUCAUUGUUGCCUUAUUUGAAUGUGUCCGGGUGACCUACACACACAAUUAAAAAACAACCACCAUUUUAACAAUGAAACAGUACUUUGCUUUGGCACGUCUAUCUCUUGAUUACAGUUUCCUGUGACUUCUGAACCUGGUUUUAUCUUCUGGUUUGUAAGUCCCAAUUAAACCAUGGUUUCUUGAUUUGGAUGUGAGAAGCAAUAAUAGACUCAUAUAGGAAGGAACAAGGAAGGGGAAUGUGAUGAUAUAUCUCAUUCUUUGACUGAUAGCAAAUGAUAAGCCAUGGUUUAUGUCUGAACUGUGUCACUGUCUUAACCAAGAAUGAGAAAGGAAUUGAAGCCAUAUAUCCAACAUAGAUGUCAUCUUUCCCCAACCUGGUGCCCUCCAUAUUCAUUUUGUACUACAUCUCCCAUCAUCCUGACUACUGGCUAUGCUGGCUGUGGUUUGUGAGAGUUGAAGUGGAAAAUAUUUAGAGGGCCCCAGGCAGGGGAAUACUUUUCUAAGUCAAACACUCCAUCCAUCCAUAUUGACUCUUGUGGAGUAUUUCCCCCCCCCCUUUAAUUUUGUUUGUUUUUCUUUCAAUAGAUCACAACAUACUCAAAGACCAGCAAAGACCAGUGAAAGAACAAGGAAAGGAAGUUAUAAGUCUCAGAGCCAUCCAUCUUCAGGUGUGUGAAAUCUGGAGUGACCUACUUGGUGUCAAAGCCUGUGUUCUUAUAUUUGUUUCCAUGCAUUGCAUGUGAAAGGGGUGCAGGAUUGUGGCAGUUGGCACUGUCCUUGCAGGAAACGAGAGCUGCCCCCACCCUGUUUCCUCAUGCUUUGCAUUGUGGGAGGCUUCAGAAUGAGUGCCAUGUGUCUGCUGUAAUUUCUGCAGAUAAUGUCAGACAUCCUGGAUGAUUUGGCUCAGAAUAGUUUUCUUGAUCUUGUACCUAAAUGUUUGUAGAAUAGGAUAUAUUGCUCCAAUAAGCCUUCUUCCCCCAGUUACACAUUUCUGCUUUAAUAUAGGCUGCAACCCUUGCAAACAGACCAGUAUGCAUUCCGUCUCUGAAACAACUGUACCGUGUAAAUAUCAGAAGAAAACAUCUAAUAAUCAGAACACAAGGAAAAGUUUUCUUAAAAAUGCAAAUGCAUGUAAGUUAAUGCCUAUAUAUAUAUAUAUUGUGAACUGAGAUACAGCUGUCAAUCAUUCUGUGGGUUUCCUUUUGGGGGGGGGCACAUAUCUCUUGUUUUUUCAUAGAAGUGAAACCAAUUGUAUACAGGGGGGAAACCCAAACCCCAAUUGGGUAUGCAUAAUCUUCUGAGCCUCACCUAAAGCAACUCAGUAGAUUUUGGUCCUAAUACAUUUAGCAUGUGAUAUCCAUCACUGGGCAAUCCUCACUGUCCACUUUAGUGAAGAGGAAGAUGUAUAUGUGUGAAUCAGUUGGACAAGUAAAGUGCCUUUUGAUCUGUUGGAAAUAUGAUGAGUGUGUAUUUUCUAAUUUCUCUGGAAGAGUAACUGCGUUCAGAAAAUCUACAGUCCAAACAAAAAACACGUCCCUGCCCUCACAGGUCUCUUGCUUGUGCAAGCUCCUCCAUUUAUUUCAUGGGGAAUUUUACUUAUUUCCAAUGAAUUAGGUAGGAAAAUUUGGUAUGCACAUCUCAGCUUCUGUGCCCAUAAGAAAUACCUGAAUUGUGGUAUUGCAGUUUCCUUUUUUGUGUAUUGAGGUAGAUGUUGGAAAAUGAGAGUACCCCUAAAAAUUUCUUUUAGGAAAAAAGCACUGGGCAUACAUGUACAAAGGUUUCAGGGUGAGGCUGAGAAGCUGCACUCUGGUGACAGGAACAUAAGAAGCCAUCUUAUAGCAAGAUGAAGGGUCUAUCUAGCUCAUAUGGUCUGUUGACAGUCAGCAGCUGCCCAGGAAUUUGAACACGAAUCUUCCUUUCUCCAUCUUACCUGGAGAUGCCAUGGUUUGAACCUGGGGUAUGCAAAAUACAAUAAGUGCUCUACCACUGAGCAUACUUGCAGAAUAUUAUUCUGUGAUCCUCAAUUCUGCAUGGAGAAUUAAAUGGAGACAAAUGUGGAGCACAAGGGUGAUUUUGCAUCCAGCACUUCCAUUGAUUAAUUGAUUAUUUAUUUAUUAAUUUGGAGCUUGUCAAUUCCUCCUCCUCCUCCUCCUCCUCCUCCAUGCUUUCCAGAGCCGAGUUGAUCUGCCAAUGAGCUCCUGAAGCAAACAGAAGGUGUCAUGUGAAAAACAACAACACCCAAACCUCUCUUUAGAUAAAAGACUUACAUUUUUUAAACAAUUUUUCACAGGGUAAUUCAAUAGAUGAACUAUAUAUAGUCAUGAUGCAAAAAUUGACAUGAUCCCAUUUGAAUACUGGGCUUUUCUAAGAGAGCUUCACUGUUUGCAGUUAUAGCGGAACCCAUUGCUGUGCAGUAAUUCUUAUAGGCUUAUGUCUGUUAUAGGCUGGUAUUAAAAAAUAUUCAGGCUACAGAUUUUUUGAGACACAAUGCAAUUCAGAAAAGGUCAAGUUAUGCAAUAUGCAAGGAUUCUGAAAGGUUUGCUGAAUUAGUGCAACUUUAGGGGAUCCCACGUCAAAUCUUUUUGCUUCCACAGGGACAGAACUCAGACAGGAACAUGAAACUGCUGUUAGAGAAUAUGAUGAAAUAAAUACAGUAAGUAUAUUUUAUGGUAAGUAUAUUUUGUAUAUUUUGUGUGCUGAAUAACAUAGAAGUUAGAAGCUUUGGAAACAAUUUUUUAAGAUGGGAGACUGACGUGUUUCUGUCCCAUCAAGAAUAGGCUCCUCACAGUUACUAGUGAGACAAAGAAAAUACAGUUUUGAAAUUGGAUCAACUGAGUUUUAUUUCCUUCCUGUCUUGCUCAGGUGUGUGCCAUUGCUUUGUAGUUGACUGGCUGCAUUCCGCCCCCUGCCCCAUCCCCAUUAUUUGGCACAACACACAGGAAUCUUUUUGAUUUUUAGGAAUGGCAUAGUGACAGCAAGCUCUUACCAUGGCUCCUUCUUCCUGAUGAAUUGUGGCUUUGCAUCUUCUCGCUGCUGACUCAUAAAGAUAUUACUCGGGUUUCCCAAGUUUGUCAACGUUUUUAUCGGCUUGCAGGAGAUGAGUCCUUCUGUAAGUACCUUUGGGAAUGGAUAAACAGUAAGGUAACCAGCCUGACAAAUUCAGGCACCCUGGUGCCUGCAAAGGCUUUCACUGGUGCCCUGGGCAGGUGACCCAGGUUCUGAGGUUUCAUGGGGAGCGGGGAGUCCCUAGUCCUCCUAAAAAGAAAGUUAUUGAGCAAAAUGUGAAAGCACCUUCUAAGCAAUUUCUAUGAAAUGAGAUCAUGUAUGGGCAUCUUGUACUGGUUCUGAGGAAUGUUCAUUGCUGCUAUUAGACACAAACAGUGUAUGUUUGUGUAAAUCAGGACCAGUCAAUGAUCAGGACCAGUAGGACAUAGCUGACUUAGUACGGUAAGCAUAAGUUUGUCAGGGAGCCUGUCUUGUCUUAUUUUGUCUUGCACCACACACUCCCUGGCAGCCAUUUUGUUAUGUCACAUCCCCACAUAGCAGCUAUUUUUUCACUGGCGCCUCCACACCCUCAAAAUUUGAUAUAUGCCUGUUGGUCCAGAACCACCCCCCCCCCCAAUUCUACACACAGAAACUGACUGUAUGGGCAUAUGAAAAUUACUUCAGUGGUGGUGAUGAGACAUCUGAAGGUAGAAGGCUCGCUUUCAGGGUGCCAGGCAGCCUACAUGGUGCACACAGCUCUGCGUCCUCCCCCACCCCAUUGCCCCCCACGCACUUCUCUUCCUGGUGCUUGCUCUCUGCCAUUUUGGAACACAUACUGUAAUGGAGUGAGCGGGCAUAGCAUUAGUACAGCAAUGCUUGUGAUACCUGCUGGAACCUGUUGCAUUGCAUCCAUUGUCAGUCAUACUCAGAGUAGGCCCACUGAAAUUAAUCGACAUGAUUAGCUUAGGUCUAUUAAUUUCAUAGGGUUUACUCUGAAAAGGAUUAGCACUGUGAUACAGCCAGUUAUUCAUAUUGUGUAUGUUUUCCUGCCUCACAAAAUAGUAAAUCCACGUCUAUCUAUCGUCUGCCUAUCAUCAAAGAAUCCAGAAGAAUCCUUUGAUGGAUCCAAGUCACUUCUAUGAACAGAAGGAGGCCUUCUGCUUACAGAAGGUCUGGAUCCAACCUGCCACGUGGGGCAGAGCUGCUAUACUACCUUCUGGACAGGUGGGUUGCUACUGCAUCCAAGGAGGCAGGGGGUGAGGUUGGAGUGUUGCAAAUGCACUGAUGAAGCCAAUCCAGCACUCCCGCUGGUGUGUUUGCACUGUGCCAGUCUUCCUGCCACUUUACCCCUUGCUCCUACUGGUAGGCAAGAGCAACUUUCCUUCUGAGAAGCUAGGAAAGAGCAGCUCUGUCCCACUGUAUGAGCCAUUUCUAGCUACAGAGCCGUGGCUUCUUAUCUUUGGAUAAUGAAGGGGCCUUGUAAUUUUUCUACAGAGAAAUUAAGCUUCUCAUUUUACUACUUCCUUCCUUAAAAAGGAAAAACAGAAACAAAACGAUGUUUGUUUAAAGUGCCAGAUCCCGUUGUAUGAAAGUGGGCCAGCUCGUGCUGGCAAAUUUCUGAGAAAAGGAGCGUGCUAAGGGCUGUGGCUAGGGAGGAAAACAAACUGAAGGUCAACUGCUGUAGCAGGUACACCUGCGCUUGUGUCACAUUCCCACACUGAAUUCCAAAGCAAAUACUGAACACCUUGGGCAAACAAAGGUGGGCAAUUAGACAAAGCCAAGUGCUGCAAUUCACUAAUGCUGCAUAAAUGUUGUAGAAGUGAAUGCCUCUUUGAGUUUUGUGCUUUGUUUUUAAUAACCAAGGUUAGCGUUAUGCCUGAUCUUUGAAUCUUUACAGAAAACUUCUGAUUUGUUUCAUGGUUGAAGCAGCUUGCAAACAAGAGAGAAAAGAGCAAAUUUAUGGCAAAAGUUUCAGUAAGGGGAGGGAAUGGGUGAACUUAUGUAUGAACUUCAGUAAAUAAGCCAAACAGUAAAAUAAGUUUGAUUUCCUGGAGGGCAGGUAAUGCAGAGUUCUUUGUGGUGACCUUUGUGGUGAACUUUCCGGUGACUCGGAUGCAGCCAGGAUUGCCCGACAUAUCUUUUAUUUCUUUUGAUUUUCUGAAGUGAAUGCUUUCUGCAUGGUUGGUGUUGCAAACAAGGUUUAAACUUUAUGGGAAGAAAAUUGAAGGAAAUAAUGAUUGAGCAGGAGGAAACAAGGAAAUAACUUUCAAGCAAUAUGAUUACCAGGAUCCAAAGAGGCUGACGUGAAGCUGGGAAUACACGCUGAGCCUUACCUUCUGAACACUCACCACUUUUGGUGGGGCAUUCAGAUUGAGGCCAAAGCGGCACCAUGCAUUUAAAACACUAUUAUACUACUCCAAUAGUUACAGCUUUCCGCGAAGAAUCCUGAGAACUGUAGUUUGUUGAGGAUGCUGAGAGUUGAUAGGGGACCUGUAGUACUCUCACAGAGCUACAAUUCCCAGAGUUCCAUGGGAAGAGGGAUCAGUUUUUAAACCAGUCUGGAAAUGGUAGCUCUGUGAGGGGAAUAGGGAAGCCAUGAUUGUUAAAGUAGUGUAAUACUGUUUUAUAUGUGUGGUGCAGAUAAUGUGGCCUAAAGGUAAAGGGACCCCUGACCAUUAGGUCCAGUCGUGACCGACUCUGGGGUUGCGGCGCUCAUCUCGCUUUAUUGGCCAAGGGAGCUGGCGUACAGCUUCCGGGUCAUGUGGCCAGCAUGACUAAGCCGCUUCUGGUGAACCAGAGCAGUGCACGGAAACGCUGUUUACCUUCCCACCAGAGUGGUACCUAUUUAUCUACUUGCACUUUGACGUGCUUUCGAACUGCUAGGUUGGCAGGAGCUGGGACCGAGCAAUGGGAGCUCACCCCGUCGCAGGGAUUCAAACCGCUAACAUUCUGAUCAGCAGGUCCUAGGCUCUGUGGUUUAACCCACAGUGCCACCUGUGUCCCUUGCACAUGUGGCCUAAAUUGUACCUAAAACAGCACUCUUCUUUCUAACAACUGAAUCUUGCUUAACAGAUUCUGAAUGUUUUCACAGAACAUAAAAUGUUAGCAGUAACAGCCAAGGCAAUGGACAGGCUACAGAGGGUUGCUUGUGCUUUCACAAGUGGGAGUGGGGCCAAAGAGAAGCUUUGGGGAGCACUCUACCAUGGAAAAAAGCAGUGCUGGAAACAGCCAUAAAUGGGACAGAAAAAGGAGGAGGCUACUAUGAGUUGAAGACCAUAUAAAAAAACCGAAGGACCCCCAAACUGUCAUACAUGGGUGUUCAGAGGGUGCUAGUGUACAAAAAAUGUCCCCUGAUUCCACCUUCCACACUAAGACUGGACUGAAUACCUUCCCUCCUUCAUCUUUUCUUGUUUUGGAAAAGUUAAACUAAUAAAUCGGUAACAGUUUGUUUGCACAGCUUAUAACAGAUGACUCUGCUUUGAAAGAGCACUUGAUCUGUGAGCUGUUUGUGCCAAGCAAAACUUCACCCCUAAAUAAAACACUCUUGAACACAGGAAGAUGCAUGAUUUGCAGCCCUAAAAAUGGUACUGAUUCUCAUAGAAUAAUGUUCAUUCAUGCAGUGAGUAUUUGAAAUUUCUCUGUGUUCAUUGGCAGUGGUGGUGGUAUUAUCUUUAUUUAGACUGCUGUAUCUAUCUUUGCUUCCUGUAAAGGAGAGGUGACUAACCUGUGGCCCUCCAUAUGUUGCUGGACUUCCCGCUCCUAGCCAAUAUGGCCAAUGGCCGGGGAUGAUGGGAGUUGUUGCCCAACAACAGCUGCAAGCUGCAGGUUAGACGCCUCUGUUGUCGAGAAACAUCAGCAUUUCACUAUUGUUCUAAAUUGCCCCUCACUCCUCUAGGGACUCUGUGGCACAUGUGGAGAGCCAAUUUAUAAAUAUCACACAAUAAAGAAAAAAAGAGAGAGGAAAUGCAACAUCAGAAUGAGGACAUAAAUUUUUACAAAUGUUGUAUAUGCUAAUGCACUUGUCAAACUGUUAAUUAUUUAUGGACAACUUCAAGGCCCCUGCACUUCCUUCUUAUAGUUAUUUAUCUUUAGACUAGACUUAGACCAGAUAGCCAUUGAAAUAGAGUACUGAGGACGCAUGAUCAUCCUAGAGGUCAGGCUGAACCAGGCUUUAUGAGCCGGUGUGAUGGAGUAGUUGAAGUGUUGAACUGGGAAGAGGAAGACCUGCAUUCGAAUCCCCACUCUGCUAUCUAUGAAACUCACUGGGUAAACUUGAGAUGGUCACUCCAGCCUCACCCACCUCACAGGAUUGUUAAGAGGAUAAAAUAAGGACAGUGAAAGACUAUGAAUGCUGUCUCUGAGCUUGGAUGAAGGGUGAACAUCCUAACUUCAGUGGAGGGUCCACAUUCCUUUGUAGAGCCACAGCUGCUCCUGGGGGAGUUUAUAUGGUGGUGUGAUCAACCACACACCAGGAAGGGUGAAGAUGGAUAAAUUAAGAGCUGUUGAGGCUUUGAGGGUGAGCCAAUCAGACACAUGAUUGGUAUAUGGGAGACCAUUGCCAAAAUAACAUAGUUGUGUCCCAGCUCUUGAAAAGAGCCAGGUUCAAGGCUCCAAACUGGGCUCCUGACCAUCAAAAUGUACAGAAAAUGGUUUAAUCUCAAACUGCAGAUUUCCAAACCCUUUUAUCUGUGCCAAUCUAUACCAUUAACCCUGGGAUUCACAUUCAAUUUAUUUAUGCAUAUAUAGAACAUCUAUCUUUUUUCCCUUUUUGAAAUAGACAGGAUCAAAUACUGUGUUGGGUGAUUAGUCACUGUUGGGAAGCAUGGGUGUAGCCAGGACUUUUGUUGGGGGGGGGACAGAACUGACGUGAUUGGUCAGUUAGUUAAGUAUUUCUAUUGUUUUUCUUGCUCUAGGCAAGGCAGCUCCCCCCCUGGUCCCCCCCCCCUUAGCUACAUCCAUGUUGGAAACCGAUCUAUGAGUUUUUAAAUGUCUAGGGCACGUAGCGAUUUUCAUCAAACUUUUCCUACCUCCUUGCACUGUUUCUUGGCCAAGUCUCUUCAACAGUUUACCCAACAGCUGAAUGCUAAUUCCGUUGCUAUGUACACUAGUGAGUGACGAUAACAGGACACACAGGAGGAGAGUCAAACCCUUCAAAGAGCCCUUUCCUUGCAAAUACGUCUGGAUGACUUACUCAGUUCUUGAGAACCUCUUCCCACAGUACUGCUGACAACAGGAAUCAAAUGGCUCUCCCCCCCCCCACAUUAAAGCAGUUUCAUUAAAACAAAGUGUUUAGCUCUUUCCGCUUCAUGCUAGGGAUGCUAAGGCCUGAGACUUUUAUCUCUCUUUCCUUGGCCACAGCACAUGCGGGGGCUGCUAGUCAGUCACCUGUAGCUUAACAUAUCCUGACGGAAGGAGCUGGGUUCUUAAACACAAGAAAGAGACCAGGGAAAUAACAAAGGAGGUAUCAGCUGGGAGUGAACCGCAGGGAACAAAAUCGUUUUCAUCAGUUGAGGAUUAAAAGCUGUUUCCCCUGAGAAGGGUGGUGGGCAGGGGAAGGCUUGGGGACAAACACUUUUGGAUAGGAUUGUAUUUGGCAGGAAUGCUGGGCUUUUAACAAGCCUGCGGCUACGUGAAUAUGUGCAUAUAAUUUCAGGUGGUUAUUCUUUUUUUUGUUGGGAUGUUAAUGGGUUUUUUAAUGCUAGGGCUAAUAAGCUGGGUCUUGCGCACAGAGUCAAGCAGUGCAGAACUAAUUAGCUGACAUCAUCAGCGCUGUUCUGCUGGAGGAAGUUGAUACAAGGGAGCUGAACGGCACAAUCUGAUUCUGGGAAUGAAACCGGGCAUGACCGACGGCUCAGCUAUUCUUCAUGCAAAGCUGGACCUAGUUGUGAGCAGCGGUCCUCAAAUUGCUCAAAUCUGAUUAGUUUGUUAGGCUGGAAACAAAGGUAGCUAUUGUACUUAUUGGACACGUCUGCUUUUUUUAUUUAUCUACUUCAUUGACAAAUUUAUAUACCAGCCUUCAUCAAACAGAUUCCAGACUACUUUACAAUAAAACAAUGUAAGCCACAACAUGCAAAAACAGAAGAAUUUUAAAAGCAGCAGUAAAAUGUAAUAAAGAAAAUGUUUCACUGCUCUUAAGAUGUAUUGGUCCUCAUGUGAAAACAGUGGUGGCAUAGGUGAAAGACCACCAGUAUGUACAAAGUAAGCAUUCCUCAGUUUUUGUUUCUUAUUUUUCCAGUGUUAACUUCAUAUUGCUACAUUUCCAUAUCAACUUUUUUAAAAAGCCUUCACAAAACUUCACUAGCAUUUUAGUGCACAAUUGUUGAAAUAAACUUUUUUUUGCACUUUUUCUUAAUAAGCACAUUUCUUCAAAUAAUUCCCCAAUGUAAUAUACUUUGUGUGCUUGUUAUUGCUAUGGACAUUUCCCCCUAGUAUAUGAAUUUCUGUACACAUUUUGUCUGAGAACUGCAUCACAAAAUUCAGAUAAAUGUGAAUAUUUUUUUAAAAUGAUAUUUAUUAAGGUUUCCAAAAAAGAGAAAAGUUACAUAUAUAUAUAAAAAAAAAAUAGAAAAAAGAAAAAAUACAAAAUACAGAAAAAAUAAAAAAGAUUUUAAAAAACAAAUCAUUCUUUCCAUGCCUUACAUUUCAUUUACUUGUUUCUCUUACCUCCUCACGCCUCCCUUUUUUGCAUUCCAGUUCAGUUAAUUAAUUCAGCAAUUCCUUUCCCUCUUUGUUUUUAUCUUAAUCCUUUAACUUAAUAUAUUAUAGGUUUAGAUUCUCACCUGUUAACAAUCCAUUUUUACAUACACCUUUAUAACAUUGCUGCUAAAACCACUUAACUUCAUUCUGACAUCAUUCUAACAUUCAUUAAUUUUACAAUAUUUCUGUAAAUAGUCUUUAAAUUUCUUCCAAUCUUCUUCUACCGACUCUUCUCCCUGGUCUCGGAUUCUGCAGAUAAAUGUGAAUUUUGAAGGAUAGCUGCAUCUCAGGUAGCAGAUUGUUAUGGGAAGUAAGAAUUAGGUAAGAAUUUCUCCCCCUUCCCUAAUAAUAUGAGGUGCUAAGGUUGGGAAUUCAUUUCCUAAUUCCUGGGUUUGAGACCAGGUAGGCUCUGUAUGUUUGCUAGUUAUAUUUCAUAUUAUCCUAUAUCCUGGAGUCAUUGGUCCUCAUAUGCUACUUUGUUUUGUUUAUGGCAUUUUAUCUGGAGUAGAGAAUCUCUUUAUAUUAUGACAAAAUGUAUAUUGUUGCAUUCUUACACUGCUGCCUAUUAUAUUUAAAAUGCAUUCACUAGAAUUUCCUCCUCGCCCAAGACUUUUGUUUCCCCCACGUGCUUUCUGUUAAGUUUCUACGAUAGGUAUGGGUUGUCUGCUCUCUCUGCUAGAUGUUGUGCUUUUCAAAAACUAUUUUCAUUGGUUUAGCCAUUUUUAUAUACAAAAAGUGUCUCAAACAUCUUAUGAAUAAAUGAAUGAAUGAUGGAUCACAUAGGUCUCCUUUCAUGCCUUCUGUCCCUUUUUUAUUCUCCCCUCCCCACCUUGUUGCUAUAGUGUAUCCCAUGCAAAGGGGCAGGUUAUCCGUAGGGAUGAUUCCCUAUGCUUCUCCACAAUUCCAGGAGUGCUUUCCACAGUUCUGUAUCCUCUGCUCAUCUGCACUACCACCACAAACAAAGGCCUUUGGCAUCAACUUUAGCAUUGUGAGAACCUCUGUUUUGAUUUAAAUCAGCAUGCUUGUGUGUAGCCCUCUUAAGGUUUUCAAACUAGCUUGAAUCUAUGUGCUGGAGCAAAGUAGAGUUAAAAAUCAAGCUGUUGUGGCUAUGCUUCUGAACAUAUGAUGUGAUUGCGUAUUUGCCAUUGAUGUCAAUAAAUCCUUAGGAGUAAUAAGAUUUGUCAUUGGAGGCUACUUGACUAAAUAGUAAGUACUGUACUAUUGAUAGCAUAUUCCAGGAACACAUUAUUCUUCUAGACAUACUUAACUCUUGACUUGUCUUUAAUUUUCACUUUCGGGGCAAAGCCUUUGUUUGCCUCAAUAUUAUUUCUGUUGUUUAUUUAAAAAGUAAUAAUAAUAAUAAAAUGCUAUAAGUAUCAGUCUGGAGAUUAAAAAACCUGGCUUCUCUAUCCCCAGGGAAGGAGAUCCACCUGACGAACUGCCACUGCUUGAAUGAUGAGCGGUUGAUCAGUUUGGGGAGUCGCCACCCCCGAUGUUUCACUCUUGAUCAUUGCCACGAUGAAGCCCAGAGAAUUACUGAAGUGGGGUUAAAGCUGUUCUUCCAGCACUGUGGAGAAUCUCUUAAGGUAGCACUGUGCUUUUGGAGAAACGCCAUUUUGUCUCUGCAAUUGCCAUAAAACGUUAAUAAUGAAUAACAUUUUAUUUUUAUUAGCAUUUUACUAAGAGCUUGGACUGUGGACUUCUAUGUGAACUUAAUUUUAAAAACCCUUAGAAAUACAGUGGUGCCCCGCAAGACGAAUGCCUCGCAAGACAAAAACUCGCUAGAUGAAAUGGUUUUGUGUUUUUUGAGUCGUUCCGCAAGACGAAUUUGGCUAAGCCUAUGGGCUUGCGAGUUUGUUUCCUUUUUCUUAAAGCUGCUAACCCGCUAAGCCGCUAAUAGCCGUGCUUCGCAAGACGAAAAAACCGCAAGACGAAGAGACUCGCGCAAUGGAUUAAUUUCGUCUUGCGAGGCACCACUGUAAUAACUUAUACUAUGUACAUCAAAAGUGGGGUACCAGAGGCCCCCCAGAUGUUGCUGCACUACAGCUGCCACCAUCCCUGAUGAUUAGUCAGGCUGGCGGGGCUAAUGGAAGCCCCACCACCUUUUAAAGGCAUGUUUUCCUGGAGGGGCAAGAGGACUUCCACACAGUGGCUUGCUGAAAUGCUGUAUGCAAGGUCUCUCCACCCUCCAUUAAACAGCUUGUCUGGUCCUGCCUGCUGUCCCUCAUGCUGUAACUGGCGUGGCUGCAGGUUGGUGGUGACACUAACUGCAGAGUGUGACGGCAUCUUACAUAGUAAGGGAAUACAUAAUAUUCCCUGUUGAAUAUACACAGUUGCAUCCUUACAUUCAAGCGGCAUCCUUACAUUCAAUAAGCAGUUACAGUUUACAAAUAUUUGGCAGUAGGACAAAGGAUAUCACUCCAGGCACUUUGCAUAUUCCAGCAUAUUUGGGAGUUAUGUCAGAGAGGACAAAAUAUUCCACAGCUCUGAAGUUUAGUUCCUGUAAAAUAUUUACUGGUUCAGUUUAGAAAAACAAAGCCACAUUCUGCAUCCUCACUUGACAAGGCAAAUAAUCAGAGAAAACAUACUUUAUGCUACAUUAGAUAAAGGUAAAGGGACCCCUGACCAUUAGGUCCAGUCGUGGCUGACUCUGGGGUUGCGGCGUUCAUCUCGCUUUACUGGCCGAGGGAGCCGGCGUACAGCUUCCGGGUCAUGUGGCCAGCAUGACUAAGCCACUUCUGGCGAACCAGAGCAGCACACGGAAACGCCAUUUACCUUCCCGUUGGAGCGGUACCCAUUUAUCUACUUGCACGUUGAUGUGCUUUUGAACUGCUAGGUUGGCAGGAGCUGGGACUGAGCAACGGGAGCUCACUCCAUCGCGGGGAUUCGAACCGCCUACCUUCUGAUCAGCAAGCCCUAGGCUCUGUGGUUUAACCCACAGCACCACCCGUGUCCCGUAUUCAUACAGUAGUGAAUAAAAUAAAGGUUUAGUUGAGCAAAUCUUGAUACAAGCUGAAUCCAAGACCCUGUGAUAUCUGUGGAAAUGAGCACAGAAGCAGGUGCACUGGACAGGCAAUUAAAGCAGACUCAAAAUUGGGAGGUGGGAUUAGACAAAAGAGGAACUGCAGGAACAGGCCAUCUCCUACUGAGCCUAGAAGUGGCAUCCCAGAGGGAGAAUAGGUGGUGUAGAUUUUAUGCAAAUGCAUUAUAAUGAGAUGUGUGGGCUGCUUAUAUCUACAGAUUAAUGAACAAGUAAUAUAUUGUUCAUUUUUUAAAAAAUCAAAAUGAUUACGGUAAUUCUGUUUUUUACUGAAUGAAUUUAAUUCUCAUUUGAAUUCUUUAAGAGAGAAAUUGAGAAAGAGAAUGAAAAGGGCCCACAAGAGGGAGCUCAUAAUGCCAUAUGAUAGAUACCGGUAAUACUGUACAUAAACUCUUUAUAUUAAGUUAGCAAAAUAUGUACACUCUACAUACAGCUAAUUCAUAGAGUUGAGUAAUGUCCAUUUUACUUACAACUUUGUGCUGUGUGGGGGUCUAGUUGUUGAUGAUGUUCUAAGUAAAUAAUGUGGGGGUUUUUUAAAUGUAUUUUUAAACCCUAAGCUAUGACUUUUACAGCUUAGAACGUAGCCUACUGUACAAAUGUAAGAAUCACAUGCUUAGCCUACUUUGUUGUGCCUUUGAACCUGGCCUCAUUUUGUCUCUGACCCCCCUCCCCUGAUUGUAAAUGAACAAAUCACUGAAAAUGUAGAUUCCAGAAACAGUUCUUCACUCCCUGCAAUAUAUACCACUUAAAAUCAUUGUUAGAUGUUGUCCUGUUGUUCUGAAACCAUAGAUAAGAAUAUUAGUAAUCGGGCACCUCACUUGCUUUAAAAGUGUAGCAGCGUAACAAAAGGAGUUUAAUUAAUUUAUUAAAUCUGCAUGUAUUUACAUCUGCAUUAAAACAAUAGUUGGAAAUAGAAACAAAUUUUGGCAAAAACACCUUGAUGUGUGAAAGUUUUAGCAUGAUCACAAGUUCCCUUCACUUACAUAAGGGAGUUCAGUAACUUGUAAGGCUGCUGGGAUGUCAAAACCGACAUAGGGACACCUGAAGGAUUAUAAAAAAUGAAUGACAACAUUUCAUAACACACUUUUUGUUUUUUAUGAAUGCAAAGCUCAAUGUGGAUAUUUUCUAUCAUAUAUUUUUAAAGUUGUAGAUUUUAUACUGGUCGUGCCAUAGAUGUUUAGUCGUAAAUUUUAAAAGUUUUAAAGUUGACCCAUUUGUAGCCACACAGAUUUCCACCAUUAGCACUCUGAAGUUUUAUGAAUAUUGGUUAUCUAUUAAAAGUUAGAGCCUAAUAGCCUUCAUUAAGGAAACAUUACUAUUAGCUAACACUAGGGGAGAAAUUUUGUUAAGUUUUCAUUUAAAGGCAAAUUUACUUAAUUUCCAGAACAAUAAACUAACCAAAACAUAUCCUUCAAAAUUUGCAGUUAUCUGAAUUUGGCAGUAUAGUUCUGCAGCCAAGAAAAUGUGUAGAAAAUGCAUAAGCUAUUUAUAUUAUUUAUUAGAUUUGUAUCCUCCCUUUCCUUACAAAAGAACCCAGGGUGGCAUGUGACUAAGGUAAAGUGUGCAGACAACUGCAUUUAUUAGUGAAAAUCACAUACAAAAAUUCAUUUUAGAAAUAUUAGAAAAAAUAUGCUUUGCAAAAAUGUGUAUAUUGGGAUAAAUUUGUGCUGAUUAUUUUCCAUAAUUAUUAUUUAAAAAAUAAUAAUUGCAAACUGAUAAAGAAAUGUGGAGGACUGAGAUUGAGAAUGGGAAAAUGAGAAAAACAAAAGUGGACAGAUUCAUCCAUCCCUACUGACAGUGAAGUCACUGGAUCUACAGCUGCCUGCUAAGAAAUAAGUGAAGCUCCAGCUAGCAUAAAAGCAAACCAAAGGAAACAAUGUUUUACUUCUUGAUUGGAAGGAUCCCAGUUUUGUAUUUUCUUAUCCUUUUUACAAUAUAGUAUUUUCCUGAUCCGUGACAUAAGAAUUAUUUAUUGUUAACUCAAAUGAGGGCAAGGAGUGUGUUUGCGUGCGUCUGCAGUGGAAACAUCUAAAUGAACCAUGACCGAAGCAGAGCAGGAGAUAACAAUUUGAUAUGCAAUCCAACAAGAUUACUUUGUUUUCUGUGAAAUAUGAAGAGCCAUGAAAGUGCUGAAUAUUUGCUGCAACUCACAGUUGAGGCUGAAAUUAGUGCAGUAGGAAUCUCAAUAAUAUUCAUUGACCUUGCAGACAUCUCAUUUAUGAUAAGGCCACAGUCUGAAGACACAUGAUCCAGCUACCUUUCAGGAACUAAGCAGGUGUAGAGCUGGUCAGUGGCGACAAACUAGGAACCCUAUGUAUUCUACCUUGGUAGCAUUAUAUAAAUAAAUAAAGCCUGAUUUCAUAAAAGCUUUGCCUAAGGUCUAGUUAAAAGGAAAAUGUGCUGUAUAAAAUAUGUUGGGUUGCAUCCAGUACGUCCCCAUACUGAUGGAAGGCACUUUGCUCCAAUGAAGGCUUCCAUCAGUUGGACCUGGAGGCCAGUGUUGGGUUGGGGAUUUGUGUGUAUGCGUGUGCCAAUUUCCCCUUCACUCCUGUAGCCCAACCACAUCUCUCACAAAUCUGCUUCAGAGAAUUGAGGCCCUUUGGAACGAUGUGGGAGGUACAGUGGAGAGAAGGGGAUGAAUUAAAACGGCUUGCCUCCCUGUUCUGCUGAUAGAAGCCUCUGUCAGUAAGAGGACACUGAAUACCACCCCCUCUUUUAUUUAUUUAAUUCUGGCAUUCCUAACCCCUAAAUGAGGUUGCUUGAAAAUGUUAUGACAAUAUUUAAAAGCAUAUUAUUAUUAUUAUUAUUAUUAUUAAUAUCAAAGAAGAAAAGUCAUUUUAAUGAACCCACACUUGGAAUUUUCUUUUGCACAUAGGAACUGAAUAUAAAAAGCUGCAGUGGUCCUGGAUUUAGAGGGGACAAAGUUCUGCUUUGUGCAAGCACCUUUUGCCAUAACCUGACAACUGUAGAUAUUAGCUGGACAGGAGCUACUGAUUCAGGACUCAUUGCCUUAGUAGCAUCAUCUGUAAGGUACAAUUGAAAACCCAAACAUUUGUUGUUCUUCAUACUGUUGCGCACAACUAGGUACCAUUUUGUAGAAUGGAUCUGUAGAAACAAGGAGAUUAAGGGGUCCUCCAGAUUAGGGUUUUUUUGGAGGGUGUAUAUUGCAACAUAUUUUGCAUUUAACAGGUGAGGAUGGAACAUGGAGGCUGAGAAAUACAUGACCAGCCAUAGCAAAUAAUUAGUUAACUAAAUGCCAGCCAUAGUAAAUGUUUUGUUGUUGUUGUUACUUGCUGUUGUUAAACUGUUGGGAGUCAGAAACCCUGUCUAUCUGUUUCAGGUCUUUGAGAAAUCUACUAGUCUAGCAUUUGCCCCUGAUCUAUACUACCUUUCAUGCUUUCAGGUGUCUUCCUAUGUAGGUAGAAUAUCUGUGUAGAGAAAUCAUAACAUAAGCUCAAAUCUGGGUUGCAUAUUGCUUAAUUGCUCAAAUAAAAGAAGAGAAUUGCUGUUGCUCUCUGUUUUUAGAUUGCAGUGCCUUUCUACUAAUGGAUGCCGGAUUACAGAUGAUGCAGUAACUGCCUUGAUUGAAAAGCAUGGGAAAAGGUAAUUCAUAUACCAGCAGUAACUGCACCACAAUAUGAGUAUUUAGUGCUUGUCUCAUCACCAUAGCUAUAUAUGGUUCACAAGGCUGUGCGUUUUCUCUCUGAAAACACUGCAUUUUAUUUAUUUGCUGUUGUUGGCAUAGAUAAGAACAUAAAUGGAUCAGACCAAGGCCUAUCUAGUCCAGCAUAUUGUUCCUGCAGUAGCCAACCAGUUGUCGAUGGCUCAAAGUAGAAUAUGAGUGCAAUGUUAUUGUUGUUUAGUCAUUUAGUCGUGACCCCAUGGACCAGAGCACGCCAGGCACUCCUGUCUUCCACAGCCUCCCACAGUUUGGUCAAACUCAUGUUCAUAGCUUCGAGAACACUGUCCAACCAUCUUGUCCUCUGUCACCCCCUUCUCCUUGUGCCCUCAAUCUUUCCCAACACCAGGGUCUUUUCCAGGGAGUCUUUUCUUCUCAUGAGGUGGCCAAAGUAUUGGAGCCUUCAUGGAUCACUGCCUUGCCGUGGCGAAGGGGCUUCAAUAACUCAGAGAAGCUAUGAGCUAUGCCAUGCAGGGCCACCCAAGACGGACAGGUCAUAGUGGAGAGUUUUGACCAAACGUGAUCUACCUGGAGUAGGAACCGGCAAGCCACUCCAGUUUCCCUGCCAAGAAAACUCCAUGGACAAAGACAACAGGCAUGAGUGCAAAAGCAUGCCAUAAUUCACAAAUCGUCAUCAAAGAAGCAGCUGAUAUUGUAGAGACAUGCUUUGUUGCAGCUGGGGCAGGUGAAGGUUUCUGGUUGUGCUGAUGCGGAUACACUAUGGUGUUUCUUCUUUCUGCACUCCUUCCAGCACUCCUUCCUCCUCUGGUCACUGCUAUGGAUACAUGACCGGGCUGUCUGUCUUCAGGCAUAGAGGUCAUCUGCAAGGGAUUGCAACAUGGCAAGGUUCGUGUUGCCAGCUUUCAUGUCAUGUCAUCUUUGUGAUGCAGACUUGGUCUGCCAAGUAGCCUAGUGCCUGAAGCCAGCUCCUCAUAGAACACAUCCUUGAGGAUUCUGCCAUCUUCCAUUCUUUGGACAUAACCAAGCCAGCAGUGGGCUUGGGAGAACACAUCUUUGUUUGAAACUCUGUCCUGCCAUGUGAUGCCCAUUUUUUUUCUGACACAGCACAGCUGAGGCAUCACCCCUGACAGUUGUAGGUUGCCCAUGACUCACUUCCAUAAAACAGUGUGCUCAACGCGCAAAGCCUGGUAGAGCUUCAUCUUAGUGUUGGGUGUUAGCAUCACAUUCCCUCAUACCCUUUUGCUAAUUGCCCUCAGAACAAUGUUGCAUUAUUGAGAGCUGGUGCCUUAAAUUAGCACAAACUUUCAGUUGCAAAAGUAACCGCUUUUUACAUUUUGCUUUGAGCUAUUCCUUGGAAAUAGUCAUUUGGCCAAUUCAAUGCCAAAUUAUUAAAGCUGAAAGUAUGUACAAGGUCUUGGGGUUCUGAACCUAUAUUUAGUUAUAAAAAUGAAAAGGACAGGAUUUCUUUUUUUUAGAAUUCACGCUAACUUCUCAGGUACAGUUUUCAUUUGGUUGUACGUUUGCCUAGAAAGUUUUAGUACAUAAAUACUGUCUGUCUUAAGAGCGGUAGUCUCGUAAUCUGGGGAACCGGGUUCGCUUCCCCGCUCCUCCACAUGCAGCUGCUGGGUGACCUUGGGCCAGUCACACUUCUCUGAAGUCUCUCAGCCCCACUCACCUCACAGAGUGUUUGUUGUGGGGGAGGAAGGGAAAGGAGAAUGUUAGCCGCUUUGAGACUCCUUAAAGGGAGUGAAAGGCGGGAUAUCAAAUCCAAACUACUACUACUCCUCCUCCUCCUCCUCUUCUUCUUCUUCUUCUUCUUCUUCUUCUUCUUCUUCUUCUUCUUCUUCUUCUUCAUAUACAGCAGGUGCCUGCCCAGGGCAACAAAAAGUUUAGUGGUUAAUGUUUUAAAAUUAAUUUUACCCCUACGAUGCAUUUUAUCCAAGGUGUGCUAACAAGACAAAUGAAGACAAUAAACUUAUUAAAAGGCAUGUAAUAGCAUGGGAAAUGAAUACAAUGCAAAACCAUUGUUAACAGAUGGUAGCCACCGUCUGUCAAAGCUUUGCUUAUUUCUUUCUCUCUUCAACCUCUGUUCAUUUUGCCAGUUUUAAGCCAGUCAGGAUCUAUAUUCUGUAAUUACAAUUUUCUUACAAUCCCUUUUACUUUAUGCCUCACCCAGUGCUGCCUUGGAACUUUAAAGAGAAUGUGCAAUAAAUAUUUCCCUUCAAAUCAUACCUACGCCUAUGUUUGUCAUCAUAUGAGCCCUAUUCAGGUGUUCUUCAAAAUCAUGUUGGCAAAGUCACGGUGGGAGAAUUCUGUUUCCAGUUACUUGGCAGUCCUGCAUGUGUAAUUGGGUCCAUGAAUUACAGGAUUUAUGUUAUCAUCUAUGGCAUCCAAAAAUAGAAACAUUUAGUAUUUACAUGAAGGUGCAACUCCCAGCAGGUUCAGUAACAAAUCAGUAAGAACAAAACCCAUCCUAUACCGUGAAAUCUGGAAGGUAAGACAUGCCAAGGCUGAACUAUUAGGCUAUUUUAUAAAAGGUAAAGGUAAAGGGACCCCUGACCAUUAGGUCCAGUUGUGACCAACUCUGGGGUUGCGACACUCAUCUCACUUUAUUGGCUGAGGGAGCCGGCGUACAGCUUCCGGGUCAUGUGGCCAGCAUGACUAAGCCGCUUCUGGCGAACCAGAGUAGCGCACGGAAAUGCCAUUUACUUCUUGCCGGAGCGGUACCUAUUUAUCUACUUGCACUUUGAUGUGCUUUUGAACUGCUAGGUUGGCAGGAGCUGGGACCGAGCAAUGGGAGCUCACCCCGUCGCAGGGAUUCAAACCGCCAACCUUCUGAUCGGCAAAUCCUAGGCUCUGUGGUUUAACCCACAGCGCCACCCGCGUGCCAGGCUAUUGUAUAUAUGUGCAUGAAUAAAGAAAUAUGAGUUGUGGGCCCGUCCCUCCUCCUCCACAUAAUUCUAGCUUGUUUGUAUUUCAUUAUAUCUUGGGUACAUAGUAGUUUUUUCAUAGUGGUUAGAAACAAAACCAUCAUUAUACACAGUCUGUAAAGAUCUGGCUGCUCCAAUUAUUUGUUGUAUGAGAUCAUGCCCACAUAUACUUCUGCAUUAUAAAAAACCAAAACCCCAUUUCUUUCCAUUAAGAGGCAUCUUAAUUUAGAUGGGUGGUUCAUUCUGCUUAGGUGGUUCAUUCUGCUUAAUAUGUAUGAAGUAUCUGAAUUCAAGAGGUUCUUUUGUUGUUGAAGCCUUCGGACUUGAUGUUCCGGGCUGUUUAUUUGAGACUCUGUACAGGACUGUCUGGGAAUUGCUUUUUGUACUGCUCUGUCUAAUCUGUAUUGAUUUGCUCUAAUUCCUUCAAUAUUUUCAGAAUGCUGGCUCUUUUUUCCAUUUUGGAUAAUUUAUGCUUAAAGAAUUGUAUUUUAUUAAUUCCUGUGAGUAACAGUUCCUAUUUUUAAAAGCCUACUCAUUGCAAAGACAACAACAAAACAAAAUACGGGAGGUUUAUCAUUUUAAAUUAAAGAAGAAGGUAUUUCAAAACUGAGGAAUGGGGCUUUCAUCCCAAUGCAAAUAGCAGCUCUAGAAGAGUGAUUUUCAUCAGGACCACAGCAGGGGAGGGAAAGAUUAAAUGCUCCAUCAAUGCCUGCUACAAUCUUGAUAAUUAUAAACCCCCCAGCAGCUACUAUAUUCAUUUUUAAAAUGCACAUUAAAUGUAAAGAUGUUUUGAAUAUGUUACGUCUAGUUCAAGCUGUAGCGACGGGGGACGGGACUAGCCAGGCUUUUUGCCCCAGGUAAAGCCUCCAGAGGGGUGCCAUUAAGGCUCCCAGCCUGUGUAUGUGCGUACACAGAUGUGCAAGGGAGGUCUUUGACCUAUGUGAAAUAAAGCCUAGUUUCGCCUCUGUUCAAUCAUUACUUUGCACAGGGCUUUCUCCCCCAGCAGGAACUCACUGGAACUUAGUUCUGGCACUUCUCAGGUGGGCGCCAUUUCCAUUAUAAGAGAACGAGGUAGGCGUUCAUGGUGAGUUCCGGCACCUCUUUUUCUAGAAAAACAGCAGUGACUUUGCCAUUUAAGCCAUUGUGCCAGUAGUCAUAGGGUCAGGCAACAGAACCCCAGGGCCCAAUGUUAGGGAAGACACUGUUCCCUUCUAAUACUGUAGCUCCUGACUUCAGACCUAACAUGGCACCAGCAGCUAUGUGAAGUGACAUAGAGCCAAAACGAGUUUCCCUUUUUUUUUUUGGUAUAAUAUUUAUUAAUUUUCCAACAAUUUAAACACAACACUACAAAAGAAAAAGCAUAAAAAAGAAGACAAUGCAAUACAAUACAAAAACACUACAAAACACUAACACAUAAAACUAAUAAAACAAAAACAAAACCCAUUUAAAACACAUCAAACCAUUUCAUUAUCUUAUCUUUCGUUCACUUGUUUCCACGACCUCCUCACACCUCCCUUUUUGUAUUCCACUUCUGUUAAUUGUUUCAGCAAUUCCUUUCCAUCUUCCUCUGUUUUCUAUCCUAUAAUUCUCUUAACACAUUCUAACCUUAUUUUCCCUUUAAUACUCUAUUAAUCUAUUUAUACUUAAUUCGUUAUAACAUUUCUACUAAAGCCAUAUAACUUCAUUCCAACAUUUUUCUAACAUUCAUUAAUUUUACAGUAUUUCUGUAAAUAAUCUUUAAACUUUUUCCAGUCUUCUUCCACCGAUUCUUCUCCCUCCAAAAUGAGUUUUCCUUGAUAUCUCCAGCGUCAGAUUUACAUGAAUAUAAUCUGCUGAGAAGUUACGUUUUGAUUGUCAUGGCUGUAAAAUUAGAACAGAACAAACAAGACACAAAAUACCUUAUUUUAAGUGGCUUAAUCAGUAUUGGCUCCUUGCCUUGAUUGUUAAAAAGAUGCUCUCAUACGAUGACUGAUUUCAACAAGGGCUUCUUUCCCCAUCAUAAUUUGACUGUUCUUUUUAUUGCAAAAUUUCAGAGCAUGGCAUAGUGCGAUGAUUCUUCUUGCUGAUGUGUUUACACAUGGCAGAUGCACUUUAAUGAUAUGGAAUACUCCAGCUGAGUGCAAUAAAAGCAUACGAUGAAUUUGUGUUUCAGCACAGAGUGCAAGUAUGACUGCGAAGACAUCUGCGAUAAUGCAGGAAAAUAUAACAGAGCCGCUUAAGACAUGGCAGGAGCAAAACAGCCAGGAGCUACUGAUAAAUAAAUCAGAAUAUCGCCUGCCUGGUUUGCUGUCGCACAUUUGUUUUUCUUACUGUUUUCCCAGAGUUUCCUUAGGCUUUCACUUUAUGAAAAAUAUUUUUAACUUCCUUUGUGGGUACAGCCUACAUGGAUUUCUCUCUGGUGAAAAGCUGCUUCAUACUUUGGGCCCUUCCAGGAAGUUGCAGGAUCUCCCACAGAUACUUUUUUUUUUUUAAGUAGCCCCCCAGUGUUGUUGGCGUCAAAAUGUCAGGCUGUAUUCUCCCCCCACCCAUUUAAUCUGGAUUUAACUUCUCUGAGGUAAAUCUAAUAAAAAUAUAUUUGAAAAACCCUGUUGACAACCAAUCACUUGCAAUAUUUCAGUUUGCAAAUUAAGCCCCAUCUGGAAGCGUUAUUUCAGCAUAUCUGAAUUGCUUAACUGCACAUGUUCUCACAUUAAUCUACCACUUUUAACAGAACCCACAGUCUGUCACCUGAGGGCCAAGCUAGACAAUAUGUAAAAUGUGUGAAUGCAUUUUAUGUAUCUGGUUUUUAAAGUAAAUAAACAGCAACUACUCAGAAUUAGAACUAUGAUGUGUUGGGAGGGGUGGGUUAGUCCUGUGCAUGUUGAUUUUGGUAAAAAUGGCCCCCUCCCAAAGUUGUUAUUCAACCAGAGAGAGAAGCUGCCAUUGGCACUUUGUAGGAUGUUGAAUAGGAUGCAGUUUUCCUCAUGUGCUCCAUGAUUUAAUAUAUCUGUUCUGAAGUUCAUGGUGCUGCACACGUAACAAAUAUGUCACACAAGCUAUUUACUGUUAGGGAACUUAACUGUCUCAGUUCUGCCCAGCUUAUACCAAAUGAGGAGAUUUUCAGGGUUUUCUAUAUAAUGGUGUUUGGCAAGUCAAUGAAUUCUGGUGAAAAUCUUCCUUGUGAAAAAUUAUUGUCUCUUUGUUGGUCCAGUUAUUGUGAUGCCUCAGCUUUGGGGAAAAGGUGUCACAGUUGUAAUAUUCAUUAAGGUGUAAACCUUAUUGAAAAUGGUGAGACUUCUAAGUAAAUAUGAAGCUGAUUGCUCUGUUAAUCAGUAUUCUUGUUGAUAAAGGUCCAAGUUACCAAAGCAUAUUAUAAUUGGAAUUUCAUGAAGAUAGGCAAACAGUGUUAGUUAUCUACCAUGUUAUAUGUCUUCACCCACAUCAAGAUAAUUUUUAUCAGAGGAAAUUCUGAACUGUGGGUCGGAAGAACAAAACUUGAAAUUUGGACUGCCUUGACCAGUUUUCUACUGCAAAUGCACAUAUUCACUGAAGUGCAAAAGUCUGGAGGCAAAAGGCCCAGCUGAGCUUUCACUGAUCAGAUAUGUUUACUGAUAUGGGGACAGGCCACAAGCACAGGAAGUUGUGAGAUUUGAAGUUUUGAAGCUACAGUUUGCAGCUUAGAUUUUCAUUUAUUGCUGCCUCCUAAUUUUAGUCCUAAAGUGAUGCUCCCUCUGCAAGUAAUGAACUAUGAACUGUUGUGCCUUUUUACAAACGAACAAAGCGAGAGUUCAUUCAGAGUCCCUUAGUUAAAAGGUGUAAUGUUUCUGUUCGCCUCCCUGCUCUUUCUUUGACCAAAAUGUUUACGUUGUAACAUCAGAACUUGGAUACUAAGCCACAUGACUAUAAUAUACAGUCAUUUCCCACGCUUGGUUCAAUAAAUCCAGUGGCUCCCAGACUUUCUCCCUCAUGGACCACUUGACAUCUGCUGAGGUCCUUGGCAGACCACUUGAUGACUUGUCCACCCGCUGUAGCAAUUGCACUAAGAUGCUGUAUGAUUUCAAUUGUGUUUUUAUUGCGUCUUUUAUUUGUUUUUCUUUAUUCCCUUCCUCUUGCUCUGUUUUUCGUGCUCCUAAUCCCCUCUGCUCCUUUCCAGUUGAUUCCCCCCUCCUCCUUUCACUUCUACGCCACCCUGCUCACCUUGUGGGUGGGCCGCCAAGUUCCUUGAGCAAUGGAGCGGCCACCACACCCAUGAUUCGCAGUGGCAACUCCUGCCGUUCUUCACAGACAUGCUGUGGGCCACCUGAGUGAAGCUUGUGAAUCACAGUUUGGGAACCAUUGGCAUAGUUAAAGGGGAAAGGUUGCUUUCCCACUAACCAUGUCCUUGAUCAGGGCUGGCGUUGGGUAUAUAGCAUCUUUGGGCACCUGCCUGGGCUUUUACCCAGUCUCAGGAACCUCCUGAUCCUGUUGUGCCAUCUCAUAACUCUUGCUGCCUACGCACCUAAGCCAGUUGUCCGCACCCCAAGUUAGCCCUCACCUCUUUCCCUCUAUUUAUGCUAACUAUUUACCUGCCAACCUGCUGUUUUUAGUUGGAAGCAAAUAUAUUUUUUCCUGGUUAAACCAAACACACCCUUUACAUCAUUGCACGUCAUUCCAUCCCACCCUAGUGUUCUGAAAUUUCUCCCCCUUGAAGUUUAAUCUUUGCAGAGUAUUUUUGCGGUAUUGAAAUACUGCAGUCAAUCUGUACCCCAAUACUUGGGUCUGCCACCAGUUAACAUUCUAAGCUGCUUCAAAUCCUGAUCACGUUAAUCAAAUGGGCAGCCAUUUAUUGACUUUAGCAAGGAUUUGGGGUUAAUGAAAAUAUAUUGUGGUUUUACCCUGUUUUGAAGUCAGGUUUGGUGAGGUUGGUUAAGAUUUAUUCUGUUAUUAAAAGGGUUAUGACACAGAUUCUCUCACUCACUCCUUUUUCAUUUUGGUUAAUUCCUUUUGAAAUAGAAUUCAGUAUUGUAUUUAAUUUCACAGACAUUUUGUAAUUGCAAUUCUGCAGAUAUUCUGUGUAAAUUUGUUCUUUCCCCCCAUAUUCUGGAAGUGUAAUUAUGACCAUUGUUUUUAUUAAUAAUAAAUGGAGGAAAAAUAUACUAAACAUAUAACAUAAGCCUUCUAUAUUGUAUAUUUAAUAGCAUAAGAUGCCUCAUACUUUUAUGGCAUCAAAAAAGUAAUAGCUGGUGUUGCUGAUCUUGGUGUGAACAUAGGGUUAUUCUUUUUAUAGCAUUUCCAAUUUGUGAAAUUACACAAAUGAACCUAUUUAGAGCAUUUGAGAUACAAUUUCAUUAAUUCAGUAGUUUUAUCAACUACUUCCUUAAGCUGUUUCAUGUUGGAGUUGUGGAAUCAAUACAGUUAUGAUACAGUUAAAAUAUAUUGACACCAAACCCUACAUACAUUAAGCAUAAUAGAAACAUCGCCACCCAACCCCACCCCUACGCAUCUUCCCUCCCUCCACCCCCUUUUUUUUCUCUCCCUAAUGUCUCAACAAAUGAAACGGAUUUGUAAAAAUGUUACAUGGAAAAAAUACGAGAGACAUUACACUUACUUCUGUAAAACAAGAAAAUAUUUAUAUAUAUAUACACACACAUAUUCUGGACAAGUUUAUUAAACAGUGGUGAUUUAAUGAUCAUUAGAAAACCAUGUUACUUUUCUCUAUCUUGUCUUUUCUAGCCUUAAGAAGCUGGAAAUAUUUGGAUGCCAUGCUCUUACUGACAAAUGCUUGAGAUCCGUGGCUGUGAAGUGUCCAGAUCUAAACGUACUGAACAUUGGCAGAAUUCACAAGAUUACCGAGGAGUGCUUGGUGAAAGUCAUAAGCUCUAUGAAAAAGCUAACUAGUGUUAACCUUACAGGGCUCAAUAUGGUAAGCAGGUAGUCCCCCUCCCCCCUGUUCCCCUGUCUUCAUUUGUGUGGAAUAAAUUGUGCUGAGUUUGGGCAAAAGAAAGACAUGAAUCACGGGUAUUCAUGAAUUCAAGGCUCACGUGUACAGGUUAUAAGUUCUUACUGGAAAUCUGAAAUCCCACUUAGCACUUUCAAAAAAGUUCUAGUUUUCAGUGUUGUGAUGUUAGCUUAGAAAAUGGUGAUAGCAAGGUGGGCGGAGACUUCUAAACCAGAGGGUGAGUUUUUUAAAAAAACGGGCCACAAAUGGGAUAUAGCAGUUUUCAUUGGAAUUAUGCUUGUGACUAUAUUCAGCAGUGACUAAAAUUUGCUUGUGGCAAACUGUGAAUGGUUUAAAUCAAAGUUUUCCACCACAAGUUGAGUUAAUUCCAGCACAAUGCUGAUUUAUUAUUAAAUACAGCAUAUUGUCCAACUGUGAUAUAGCAUCAACCAUGUUCAUGCGCAUGGAGUGCAAAUUAGGCUAAUUGCAUUUAACUUGCCUGCUGACGGAUGAAGUAUUUCAGCAUGAGGGCUCCGUCUGUUGAAGAAACUACAGAGGGAAGAUAGAUGUGGUGGUUUAUUAUAAUUAUUACUAUAAUGCAAAAGUCAUGUUGAUAUAUAUAUUUCAUGUUGUCUGUGAUUGUGUCAGAACUGUGGAGGAGAAAAACAGCAGUGAGCUAUAUAAAAGUUUAUUGCCAUAUGACUGUGCAUUCUCAGUAUUUGUUUUCUUAACAGCUGCUAUUUUGCCAUCUUAUGCGAGUACGUUUUUUGAGUAGGUGGUUUUUAUUUCACAGCAGAACAAAUCUUGCAGCGACUCAGGAAAAGUGCCUCUUGUUUUGCGUAGGACUGCUGUGGUUGAUAAGACUGUCACAACUAGCGUAGCCAACUGGCCAGUCUGCUGGCCUGUGACUAUUACAUAUAUAUUGAUGCAUUCCUUCCUUUUCAAUUGGUUGAAACUGCAAUAGAGAAGCCUGCAUGAUAGUGGCAAUAAGAUUGUACAGCUGCACUAGAUGAAGAGUGCUACCCAAAUUGUUGUGCUUCCUUUUUCUCUCUCCUGUUGGGCUGCAGGUGAGGGAUUGUGUUGUACAUUUAAUUGUGAAGAAAUGUCCUAAACUGGAAAGUUUGGUUCUCAAUUCAUGCUCCCAAGUAACUGAUAUAAGCCUUUUAGAAAUCAGCAUUGGCUUACCAACAAUCAGGUAUGUUUGAAGACUAGCUAUUGUAAAUGCAUUUGUUAUUCAAUGGUGCAAGCAAUCUUUCAACUCUAGACCUAAAGGUCUUACAGGCCACCAGCACACCAGACUUAAUCGUCUAAUGAAGAACCCUUUUAUAAUACUUUGGGGCUCCAGACCUCUCCUGCAAAGUCCUGCCCUGGCCGCAUCAUUAUUCUUCUCAGGUGUUUUAAAUCACACUGUCAUUUUUUAACCCUUUGGGUGAUGUGGUGUUCCUGCUUACAGGAGCAUGGCAUGAUUCAGUGUUUGUGGUGGAUGCCAUGUACGCGCAAAACGCAAUCGUAAAAUAAAAAUAUUCAUUUUACAGAGAAGCAUGCAAUUCUGUAGUAGCCAAACAAAACACUGCACAUUUGGUACCUCAUUACAUGACACUUGGAAAUGCAUGGCAAUAUACAAUUAUUAAUGAUUUUAAAAAGUAGUUCAGGGCAUCUUAGAUUCUAAAUGUUAGCUUUUGAAAAGGAAAUCUCAUUAUAGUGUUCAAGUUGGAGUGCUACUUGAGAGUGAAAUCUGCACUGCAGUUAGGGUUCCUGGCAUUAUUUAAUGUCCCAUGAUACAACUUUAAACAUAUAGUGUAGCAGGGGCCUAACAAGGGAAAUUUGUGUGAGAGAUUGGGAUGGAGCAUAUGAUAAUAAAACCCAUUCUCAGUGGGGGCAUUACACCAUUCCUCAACUGACUUUGGUGAAAGGUGAUUCCCCAAUAAUGGCAGUCUUUGGAAAGCCCAGAGACAGUGAUUGGUGUGUGUAGAAUGACUUUUAAAGGAACCAUUUAUCUUGCUUCUAAAACAGAGUUAGUCAGUUAUUUGAGUAGCAUGGAAUUUUGUCAGCAUUAUUACCACUUAAUCCUUGAAAGACUGGCUUUUUCCUGGCUGACGACCAGUUGUAUUCUUAGAUUGCCUUGAAUUUCAUGAGUUCAUGGUGAUAAGUUUGAAGGGUGGAUAAAAAUGGCUUGUACUCAUAGUUCAUUGUUUUAUUUUAUGCAGUGCUCUUAUUUGAUAACUCAUUCAAUAUAUUUAUUUGGACUGAAGACACACCAUCAUAAGUAUUUUAUGCAUCAUCUCCUAAUUGGUUAAUUAGUUGUCCAACAUACCAUGUGGCAAGAUAAAGUAGAAAGCUUUUCUAAAAUCAUUAUGGAUUAUUUACAAGAUGCUUUACAGCAGAGUGUUUUAUUACAGCUUUGUAAUUUUACCUUACGAUAUGAAAUUGUUUAAAUUAAUACUGCAGACAAGAGAAUCAAAAGCCAAGUUUGGAGAUUUGCUUGUUCAAUGACCACAAAUGAAACAAAUGUACUUUAAUUUAACUUUAAUAAUAAUAAUAAUAAUAAUAAUAAUAAUAAUAAUAAUUUAUUAUUUAUACCCCGCCCAUCUGGCUGGGCCUCCCCAGCCACUCUGGGCAGCUUCCAAAAGAAUAUUAAAAUACUAUAAUACAUCAAACAUUAAAAGCUUCCCGAAACAGGGCUGCCUUCAGAUGUCUUCUAAAAGCCUGGUAGUUGUUGUUCUCUUUGACAUCUGGUGGGAGGGUGUUCCACAGGGAAGGCGCCACUACCGAGAAGGCCCUCUGCCUGGUUCCCUGUAACUUGGCUUCUCGCAGUGAGGGAACCGCCAGAAGGCCCUCGGUGCUGGACCUCAGUGUCCAGGUAGAACGAUGGGGGUGGAGACGCUCCUUCAGAUAUACUGGACCAAGGCCGUUUAGGGCUUUAAAGGUCAGCACCAACACUUUGAAUUGUGCUCGGAAACAUACUUUUUCUUUUUUCCCAUUUCCUUUUUGCAAGAAAUGAGAGUUUCGUACUAUAAAAAUAAUUUUCAGUGUUACAAGUGGUGACACAGGAAACAUGAACUUGUGGAUCUCCUCUUUGGUGAAAUGUGUGAGCUCUGUGCACAUCUGUGCAAAUUCCUGCUUCCCAUCUUACCUGGGAAGUGUUAAAAGGAGAAGCUCAAGUUAUUCCUCUGUAACCACUUAUAAAUAUUGUCAUGUAAUGAGGUACCACACAAUCGGUAAGGUGCACCCAUCCCUAUAUGCGUACUUGCUAGUUUAGUCUGCUACGGGGUUGGAUCAUAAAAACCAACCAUGUACUACAUGGAGCUGCCAUAACUACUUUAAACACUUACCUCUGAUCUACAUAAUCAGCUGAUUGCUAUAUAUGGAUGCUGGUUUUUUCUUUCUUUUUUUAAAAAUUGCUGCAGGUUCCUGGAUGUUAGUGGCUGUAAAGAGGUCACUGACAUUGGAGUUCAAGCUUUGGCGGGGAGCUGCCGGAAGCUUUCUUUCCUUGAUUUAAGUUCCACUGCAACAAGCAAGAGAGGGUAGGGUGUUUGAGGACAUUUUGCAAGUGACGUGUUCAAGGAAAUAUGCAAUAAAAAUGUAAUCUGACCUUCAAACAGUAGCAGCCAGUAAUGGUACGGUGGAGCUGCCCUCCUGAUACUCAUGUUUCUGCAGCCUGCCUGGAGAAUGAGGCAGGGCGGAACAGUUCAGCUCCAAAUUUGUGGUUUGAACUGAUUUAUUUUCAGGCAAAAUUUGGAGUUUCACUAUCUCCCUUUCAGGCUACAUACUUUGUGCUACUGACACAGGCUAUCAUAUGGCUGUUGUGUGGCAUAAAGACUAUUUCUGAUUAGUUUGUUAUCUACAUUUAAAAAGGAGAGCGGUUUUUGUGGUUGCUAAAGUAACCUGGUGUGCAUCAGCAGCUACUAAGCUCCAGUUGUUACCAGUAGGUGCAAUUUGUAAUCUCCCUUUUCAUCAUGACUGGAUUUUCACCCCCAGAAGCUGAGGAUCUGCUAAUUAAGAUCCAGAGUGGAGAGUAGACAAAAUAACCUAAGAGCUUUUCCCCGAACCCUUCAAUUUCCCAUUCUGAUUUGCAGAGCAUUAAGACUGUUUCCUAGGUAGCUAUGGCAACAGCUAUAUAAUUGUAAGUGCGUUAUGUUCUUUAGAUGCAUUCUAGCACUGCUGGACAAUCCGGGCUUCAUCUGAUUGGUCUGCUCUGUUUAACUUUUUGAUUCCAUUAUUAUCAGAAAUGUUUCCAGCUGCUUCUCAUGUAGCUAUUUUUCUUCUAUGAACUAAGUGGAUUUAAAUGUCACAGCACUGGGACAUGUCCUCCUUGCAGUUAUUCAGACUGCAGCACAUUCAGCUAAAUUGCUGUAAUAAUAUUGAUGGACUUUCUUGAUUGCAUUGCCCUCCACUCCCACUGGCUGCAAGCAGAUCAUUAUCUUGUAGCAACAGGCUCUGAAAUACUUGAAUAAUAUUAUUUUUAUUAAUUUAUUAAAUCUCAUCUGUAAAUCUCAGGAUACAAAACCACACAAAAUGCAUAAUAAUAAAAAAAAAACAAAAAUAAACCAACAACCCCCUCUCCCCACCCAAGCUGCAUCCUUGUUAAGUGUAUUGAAGCUGAUGGUUAAUGAAUGUUUUGGACAUUUCAUCCAGAGAUUGCCAUGACACCUAUGAAGGCCUUCGUUGGGGCCCCUAGGCUAAGGCUCUCAGACUCUAAACUAGCCCUCCUGGAAAGAAAGCUAUGAGGUGAAAUGUGCAGGUGCCCUUCUAAACAAUUUCUAAGCAAUUUAGGUAAAAUGAGCUGGUCUGGCUGUUCCCGUCUGUCAGUGUUUUUAAGCAAAUGAGUGGAGUCAGAGCUAAGUGAGUUGUUUGGAUACCAAACAGUAGAAAUCCCUGGGGUCAUAAGAGCUUCUAUUUUCCUGUCCCCAUUAGUAUGCUUUCCCUGCUUCCAUCUUAUUUUUUUAGCAGACCUUGGAAUCUCCAUGAUUUCCCUUCCCUUUUUCCUGGCAACCAGGAUGUACUUUUCCUGUGGUGGUUUUGACUGAGAUCAGGUACUCCUUGGAAGUUUUUGCAAAUACUAGUACACAGUCAGUAAGUAUGGGUGGAUGUUAAAAGAGGACUUUCCCCAAAUGGCAAGUGCAAAAUGUGAAAACUUUGCAACAAGACUCAGGGAUAUCUCCUACUGUACAUGAAAUGAUGUCCCUGCACUCCUUAAGAAGUCACUGUAAGUUACAGUACAAUGGUAUGCAUUGUUUACUUCAGAAAUAAAUCUCCUUAGGUUUAAUGGGGAAUAGUCCCUUGGAAACUGGGCACAAGAGGGCAGCUGAGCUUUUGGUUUAGGAUUGGCAUUAGGGAAAGCAGAGCAGUUGUGACUUUGUAUGUCUACAAUCAGCACCAGCAGGCUAUAACUGACUUCCCAUGAUAAGCAUGAGGUUCUUGAGGUGGUAGAAGCAGCAAUGACUAUGCUCUCUAAUUCUGUGUUAUACCAUGCCCCCCAUGGAAACUAUUUUGUGACUGGCACCCACAACACUCUCCCAGAAUUCAAAAUGUACCAACUGGUCCGUAAAGGUUGGUAACCCUGGUGUAGAAGCUAACCUCUUGUAUGUAACCUUCAGAAAUGAACGACAAAAUAAAUACUUUAUGGAGAAGCAUGAAACAAAGUUAAGAAAAUGUGAAAUGUGGCUUCUGCUACAGCAAAGCCUUUCAUUGCUGAUUUAAGGAGUGCAAACGCAUCACAUCCUGUAGAAUACAUAUACCCCAAAAAUGUCUGAAUCAUCUUGCAAAUAAGUAGCUGGUCUUGAAAGCAUGAAAUAGCUUUUCACCUAGUGCUGUGUCCAUCAGGAAUAGGUGACCUUUGAUGGUUUAGAAUGUGCUGUGUGCUUAAUCCGAGAAGUGACUUCCUAGAGCAAAAUUCCUUUUCAAAUCUUACUUCAAAAGCAGAACUUAACUUGUAGCUUGUGUCUUGUUUAUGGGCUUCAGGGUUUGCCUGUUGGCUAGCUUCUGCUUCAGGACUUUGGAAUGUGUGAAGCUGAGUUUCUGCAAGAAUAUCUCCCUGGAUGCAGUUGUGAAAUUAUGCAAAAAUUGCAAAAGGUGAGUGUGACUUCCUCUAAUACAAUCCAGGUAUUGAUGAUUUCAUUGACUUAAUAGUAAAGGGAUCAACAAUAGGACCCUGCUGGAACUAAAUUACGAGGAAAGGUUUCAGUAUUUGGAGAGUAGGAUGGAGUAUCCUGGAGGAGGGCAUGGCUUGAAUGGAGCAGAAAACCAUUGCACUGUUUUAUUAUAGGUUCCAUUUGUUUGCCAUAAUGGCUAAAUGGAGCCUCCAUGUGCAGAGGCAGAAUGAAUACCAGUUGAUGUGGGGCAGCAGUAGUGCUAUCAGAUUCAUGCCCCACUGGUCACCAGAAAUUGCUGUCAGAAACAGAAUGCUAGAUUUGAUGAUCUUUUGAUCCAUCUUUAGCUGUCAUUUUCAAUGACAGUAUGAGCAGGCGGUGGAGAUGUAAUCCACCCCUAGGGCUUUGUGCCCCUUGAUGUUCAUGUAAGCAGGAACUCCAUGCAACUGGACUUCCCAGGCUGUGUAUGGCUAUAUGCAUGUAGGGGCCCAUUUCUUGCAUUCAAAGGAAUGUGAAGUUGCUGAGGGAGAGGCAAGGAUCCAAAACAAUGUUCAGUUUAUUCAAACCUGCAUUAGGAAGAAUUCAUGUGUGUGUGAAGAUUUUAAUGCCCUGUAGUUAAGAUUAAAGGCAGUGAGUGUGGUGUCAUAUUGCAUUCCAGAGCAAUUUGCAUUCCAGACCUUUAUUGUUUGUUUUAUUUUGUAGUGUGAGUAACCUUAGUCUCCUUUGAGGUAAAUGAAUGGUGAAACCUCCAUUAAACAUUUCCUCAUUUAACAAAUUCUUUAGAGAUACCGUAAUGCUAUCCUGCCUUUUUAUUUUUCACUUGUUGCUGUUGUUUGGCUAUUUGCUGGCUGGCUGGGGAUCAGGACAAUGUAGGUGGUUUUGAUAUUAUUCAGUCGUAGAAAUACCUCUUACUUUUUGCAGUGCUUCAAGUAAGUUUUUAUUACCAGCGGAAGAAGAGCUGUUAGUACAGAAGGAGACCUGGCAACAAGAAUCAAGAAUGACAAUCAAAUUUUAGUUUUCUUGUGGAUAGAGUUUGACAUCUCUCAAGGUGAUAGCUUGAGAAUUCCAAAAAGUGCUGGCAGCCUUCAAGCAGGAAUAGUUCAGGCUCCUGUCACUGGAUUUGCAAGGAAUUAGCACAUUUGUUUCUCCAGAGAUAGUGGGCUCGCUCUGUGAAGUAGGAAGCACCUUUUAAACAUUUAUGUUGUUAGGGAAGAAAGAGACCUUGCCUCCCCGCCCCCCUGCUUCCCUUUAGUUUUCUCUUUCCAAAUUAAUAACUGCCAACCUGGCUUCAAACUGUCUCUCCCAGCUCUUGUCAGUUAUUACCCAGUGAAGGCAGAAUCCUAGUCCAUCAGAAAAAUAUGCCUAGCUGUUAAGAACUUAGAAUGCUGCCUUAUUGGCCAUGUUAUUGGUUGAUGCAGAAAAAGCUUUUGAUAGAGUAUCAUGGAAUUUCCUAUUGGAAACUUUCAAAGGUCUGGACAUAGGGCAGAAAAUAAUUAAUGGAAUUAGGGCGAUAUAUGAUAACCAAAAAGCAAAAUUGCUAAUAAAUAACGAGAUCACCGAAGAGUGAUCUCAAAAGGGGGUGAUCAAAAGGGGGACAAGACAGGGGUGCCCUCUCUCCCCACUUCUUUUUAUUGCCACCUUGGAACCACUUUUAAUAGCAAUAAGAAAGGAUAAAAAUAUAAGAGGAAUUAACCUAGGAACUCGAUACUACAAAAUUAAAGCCUUUGCCGAUGAUGUAAUUGUAACCACUGAAAAUCCAGUGGAAAGUAUCCAAGAAACGCUUGCACAAUUGGAAGAAUUUGGGAAGGUCUCAGGGUUCAAACUCAAUAAAGGAAAAUCCAAAUUAUUAACGAAAAAUUUACGUACGUUGUAACAAGAGGAACUGGAAAAUACAACAGGUUUAAAGGUAGCCAAUAAGGUAAAUUAUUUGGGGGUUUGGAUCACCAAUAAGAAUAUAAACCUAUAUAAGGACAAUUAUGAGAAGAAGUGGAAGGAAAUAAAAAAAAGAAUUAGAGACUUGGGGAAAAUUGAAUUUGUCCCUGUGGGGGAGAAUAUCCACAGUUAAAAUGAUGGUAUUGCCAAAGAUGAUUUUUAUGUUCCAAACAAUACCUAUAAUUAGAGGCGUAAAGUGUUUAAAGGAUUGGCAGAAAGACCUUGCCAAGUUUAUUUGGCAAGGAGAAAAACCACGCAUAAAAUUUAAGCUACUAACAGAGUUGAAGGAAAAAGGAGGCUUCGCGGUCCCUGACCUUAAAUUGUACUUUGAGGCAGCGUGCUGGACAUGGAUUAAGGACUGGAUAUUAAUUAAAAACACGGAAGCCCUAGAUCUGGAGGGAUGGGAUAUUGUGUACGGGUGGCAUGGCUACAUAGGCUAUGACAAGGUUAAAUCCCACAAAGGAUUUUUAAAUCAUAUUGUGAGACGGGCAUUAUAUGAAGUAUGGGAGAGGAGUAAAAAAUCAGUAGUAACCAAAACACCAUGGUGGCUGUCACCAAUGGAAUCUAUGUCGGUUCACAGGAUGAAUAUGAACAGCGAUUGGCUAACAUAUAAGGAUUUAGUAGAGGAAACAAGUAGUGAUCCGAAAAUAAAGGACCUAAGUGAAUUGAAACAGAAGGGAAUAACCUGGCUGGAGUAUUAUCAAUUAAAAGCCGCCCUUGAAAAGGAUAAAAGAACCAAAGGAUUUGACAAAAAAAUAUCCUAUCUGGAGAAGGAUAUUUUAUAUAAUAAUCAAAAGACACUUUCUAAAAUGUACAAACUACUUUUGAAUUGGCAAAGAAAGGAGGAAGACAUAAAAGAAAUUACAGUAAAAUGGGAGAGGGACCUGGGACAUACGAUUAAACCCAAUAUUUGGAACGAAUUAUGGACUAAAAAUAUAAAAUUCACGGCUUGUUUCCUUAUAAGGGAAAAUCUUAUGAAAAUGUACUAUAGGUGGUACCUGACCCCUGUAAAACUUGCAAAAAUAAAUAAAUCAAACAACAACAAGUGCUGGCGAUGUAAGGAACAGAUAGGAACAUACUACCAUAUGUGGUGGUCCUGUCUAGAGAUACAAAGAUUUUGGAAUAUGAUUUAUGAAGAGAUAAAGAGAUUGAUAAAAACUACAUUUAGCAAGAAACCGGAAGAAUUUUUACUAGGAAUGGUUUCAGAUAAUAUCCCCAAAAACAAAACUAGGCUAUUUAUGUAUGCAACGUCAGCAGCAAGGGUUAUAGUGGCAAAACACUGGAAAGAUAAAAAUAUACCCACUAAAGAGGAAUGGGUAGUCAAAUUGUGCGAGUACUUGGAGCUCGCAAAGCUGACAGAUGCAAUAAGAGAUAAACCUACAAAGUUGGUGAAAGAAGAAUGGGAAUGUUUAAAUAAUUAGUUAGGGGACAAGGGCUCAGCAAGAAAGAUCUGGCUAUGUUUAGAAUGAUACUGCAUAGAGAAAUGCUCCCUGAUACCAAGAUGAGGGAUUCCUUUGGAAUGCAGAUAGAGUUAAUUGAUAAGAAUAAUGAUCUGUUGUGAGCUUGACGGAAGUGUACAGUUGAUGAGCUUUCCUGCUUUGGCUCAUCUUCCUUUCUUUUUCUUUUUCUUUUUCUUUCCUUUUCCCCCCUUUUCUUUUAUAUUUCCCAUAGUUGCUUAUGUUCUGUGUCAUGUACUUCGAUAUUUUUUGUAGUUUUUGUAGUUUUUUCCCAUUACUAUUAAGGAAUUUUCCUUUGUAAUUUUUGGUUGUUUAUAUUUAUAUGUACCUGUUUAAGCAAAAUAAAAGCUAUUAAAAAGAAAAGAAAAAAGAAUGCUGCCUUAUAUCAAAUCAGAUCGUGCUCUCUAGAUGUUUUGGGUACAAGCUCCAUCAGCUCCAGCCAGUGUAGCCAGUGAUCAGGGAUGAUGGGAGUUGUAGUACAAAACAUCUAGAGGGCAUCAGAUUGGAGAAAGGACAUGUACACUGACCGGCCGCAGCUUUUCAUGGGUCUUUUUCAGCUGUACCUAGAGAUGCUGAGGAUUGAACCUGGACCUUUGGCAUGAAAAGCCUGUGGUCUACUCAUUCUGUCACCACCCCAACUAAAAUAACCCCAUUAACAGAUGAUAAAACUCUAUAAACUCCCAGAAAGUCAACAGCUACUUGGUAGAGGCUUCGGUGGCGCACGUAAUGCACGUUCAUCCUACUAUCUGCAGAGCAUCUUACAGGAAAGGCCCUCUGGCGUUUUUUAAAAGGAAGCAACAUAUUUUCAGGGACUUAUUCUGUGGCUGCCAGAUGACUAGUAAAAUAAAUUAAUGAACUAUCUACAAAUGUUGUUUUUUUCCCCCCAGACUGAAGAUACUUCAUUUAUAUGGUUGCCACUUUGUGCCUGAUCUGGACUCCAUUAAAAGAAUCAAUAAAAACGUUGAAGUACUGCAUGACCUGGCAGGUACUAAAUUGUCAUCUGAAUGA